AGUAAGUCCAGGUUGUUGUUUAAACUGGGGCUGGUGGGAUAGACCACAGUGAGAAAGUGAAGCGAUUUAACUUUGUUUUUAAUUAUUUUAUUGCGUGGGCAAACUGGAAUAAUGGAAUAUUGGACUAUUUUUUUAUUCGAAGUGGAUACAACGAUAACCCACAAAUAAAGGGACAUUUUACUACUGUAGUUUUUACUGUAUGUGGAUCGACGCAGAAACCGGAAUGGCAAACUUGGGAGUAGCCUAACAAAUCCUAUGGCACACUUUGAAUUAUAAAUCUUACAUAACCUUUGGGUGUUUUUUUGUGAAACUGACUAUUGCUUCCUCAAUUAAAGAUUGGGAAAUAAAGUAUUUUAUAGACGUAAACGCAUUUACAGUGAGCUAAAAUGCCGCCGCCGGAGUUAAUCACGGUCACGGAAUUUGUGGCUGAAACUAACGAGGACUACAAAGCGCCCACGACCUCAAACUUCACCACUCGGAUGUCCCAUUGUCGGAACGCCGUGGCAGCAUUAGAAGAGGUGGGUGCAGGCCAGUGUGAAAACUAAUAUAAUUGACUCGAAAUGUGAAAAGGUGUUCUUAGAUUUACAUGUGCGCCUUUACGCACCUGUAGCCUUUACGCACAUAGUAGGCCUAGGCCUAACCGCAUUCUUACACAAUUAUUUGUCGAGUUUGUUCAGUUUCCCUGAAAGUGAUACGGUUACAACUUCUGAACCCAAAAUAGGAACGAAAAAAAUACUUUCUCUUUGCGAAAUCAAAGCAUAUUUUCUUAUCCUAGUUGUGUUGAACCUCGCCCAUGCCAUUCCCCACAAGUGUCCACCAACAAGUGCCCACACCAUAGUUUACAUUUACAUUUACGUCAUUUAGCAAACGCUCUUAUCCAGAGCGACUUACAAAUUGAGUUUAUAGGUAUUCCAUUCUAAACCAAUGCCAUUCAGCAAUCUAUAGACAAAAACAUUUAGUUGACACAUUGUGCUACAAGGCAGUUUCACUUUGAAAACAGUGCCACAUGUUAAAGAGGCUUGAGCAUAUUUUAAAGAUGUCAUUAUUGUAAGCUACAAACAUCUCUGUGACUUAUGCAAAAAUGCCUUACCCCAUUGUGAGGAAGCUAUCAUAUCUGUUUGCCUAAGAGGCAGUUUCACUUUACAUUUUUAGUCAUUUAGCAGACGCUCUUAUCCAGAGCGACUUACAGUUAGUGAAUACAUAUUUUUUUAUACUGGCCCCCCGUGGGAAUCGAACCCAACCCUGGCGUUGCAAACGCCAUGCUCUAUCAACUGAGCUACAUCCCUGCCGGCCAUUCCCUCCCCUAUCCUGGACGACGCUUGGCCAAUUGUGCGCCGCCCAUGAGUCUCCCGGUCGCGGCCGGCUGCGACAGAGCCUGGAUUCGAACCAGGAUCUCUAGUGGCACAGUUAGCACUGCAUCGCAGUGCCUUAGACCACUGCGCCACUUACUCACUUCUACAUGUUAAAGAGUCUUGAGCCCUUUACAAACUUGAAUAGUAGUACCACACCUUUAAUACACAGUGGGUCCCUCACACAUCCAUAUCAGUUGAAUUGGUUUUCCUUACUAGGUCCCUAAUGGCAUUCAUAUGGCUGGACUAUUUGGGACAUAACCCUUGUGUUGUUGGCAUAAGGACUACUGUAGUGCGCGGUAGAUCACAAUGGGUGUUUCUAUGGCAUCCCUGGCAUAAAAAAAAAGGUAUUUCACCAGGCAAGCCAGUUAAGAACACAUUCUUAUGUACAAUGACGGCCAAACCCGGCCAACGCUGGGCCAAUUGUGCGCCGCCCUAUGGGACUCCCAAUCACGGCCGGAUUGUGAUACAGCCUGGAAUCAAACCAUGGUCUUUAGUGACGCCUCUAGUACUGAGAUACAGUGCAUUAGACCGCUGCGCCACUCGUCAUCUGUUGCCAUUCAGAUCUGCUCUUGAUUGGUCUCUGGAGAUGUGCUGUUGUCCCAGGCCAGGCUGGUAAUAGGCUGGUAAUAAGGAAGUGGUCUCUCUAUGCCACUGAUACACUACUGGCCUUACGGCAGGCUGUAUGAAUCACUGGAUUGUUGUCUCAGUGAAGGGCCUAUCCAUAUUACGGCAUACUGUGUUUGCACAAUGGAGGAAGACACACACACACACACACACACACACACAGCCCUAUGAGAGGAUCUGCUGAUGUGUGUACAGUGUUGCAGAAUAUAACACAUGAGGAGAGGUGUUACAUUAAGUUGAAUCUGUCUAAACAAGGAAGUGUUGUAUUGCAAUGGCUUUCUCUGUUUCACAACUGAAAGUCAAACAGAUCUUUCCCCUCUCUCCCUUUUUGAUUUCACAGUUAAUAGUGAACACAUAGUGAAUAUCAAGUUGGACAUAAACACACAUACAAGCACAUACACUUCACUCAUGUUGAAAGAACAACACUGCAGGCAGGCAGCAGUAAUGGCGGUUUUUACAUCAGGUCAACUGACAGGCAGCACUCUCCUUCCCAGUUCCUCUUAUCUGCCUUACAGUACCUGUAGCAGCCUACUGUGGCUGCCUGCCUGUUGAUGACAGUAUCACUGUGGACUGGAGUGUCGUGCUGUUUGGUUGCCUGUGUUGCAUGGUGGGUAGCUCUGGUCCAGGAAGCCUCAGUGUCAGCAAGCUGCACGUAAUGCCCUGGACCAGAGCUACAGUGGGGAGAACAAGUAUUUAAUACACUGCCGAUUUUGCAGGUUUUCCUACUUACAAAGCAUGUAGAGGUCUGUAAUUUUUAUCAUAGGUACAUUUCAACUGUGAGAGACGGAAUCUAAAACAAAAAUCCAGAAAAUCACAUUGUAUGUUUUUUAAGUAAUUAAUUUGCAUUUUAUUGCAUGACAUAAGUAUUUGAUCACCUACCAACCAUUAAGAAUUCCGGCUCUCACAGACCUGUUAAUUUUUCUUUAAGAAGCCCUCCUGUUCUCCACUCAUUACCUGUAUUAACUGCACCUGUUUGAACUCGUUACCUGUAUAAAAGACACUUGUCCACACACUCAAUCAAACAGACUCCAACCUCUCCACAACGGCCAAGACCAGAGAGCUGUGUAAGGACAUCAGGGAUAAAAUUGAAGACCUGCACAAGGCUGGGAUGGGCUACAGGACAAUAGGCAAGCAGCUUGGUGAGAGGGCAACAACUGUUGGCGCAAUUAUUAGAAAAUGGAAGAAGUUCAAGAUGACGGUCAAAAAAAAAAUCCCUGCUGCAGUGUGUGCAAACCUGGUCAAGACCUACAGGAAACGUAUGAUCUCUGUAAUUGCAAACAAAGGUUUCUGUACCAAAUAUUAAGUUCUGCUUUUGUGAUUUAUCAAAUACUUAUGUCAUGCAAUAAAAUGCAAAUUAAUUACUUAAAAAUCAUACAAUGUGAUUUUCUGGAUUUUUGUUUUAGAUUCCGUCUCUUACAGUUGAAGUGUACCUAUGAUAAAAAUUAAAGACCUCUACAUGCUUUGUAAAUAGGAAAACCUGCAAAAUCGGCAGUGUAUCAAAUACUUGUUCUCCCCACUGUAUGUGGUGGGGAACACUACCACAGAGUCUCAGAGGAGGAUCACUCUCUAGUCUAGUGUAGUCUAGCUCAGAACAAAGCUCUAGCUGCCUGGCUACAUGUAACGUAGAUCACUGCUGCAUCCUGGGAGAGUCCCUGGGGCCUGGGCUGGGCUGAUGCACUCCUGUCCCAGCAUGCUAUCUCUCUUUCUCUCUUUCUUUUCAUCUUCCUCUCUCUCUGACUGCCCAGCCUGUCCCAGCCUGUCCGCUGGGCACACACUGGUUGAAUCAACGUUGUUUCCACAUCAUUUUAAUGAAAUUACGUUGCACCAACGUGGUCCUGUGUAGCUCAGUUUGUAGAGCAUGGCUCUUGCAACGCCAGGGUUGUGGGUUCGAUUCCCACGGGGGACCAGUAUGAAAAUGUAUGCACUCACUAACUGUAAGUCGCUCUGGAUAAGAGCGUCUGCUAAAUGAUUAGAAUGUAAAUGAAUUGACGUCUGUGCCCAGUGGGCUGCCUGGUGUCCGCUGGGCUCCCUGGGCUGGGUGAGUGUCCACUGGGCUGCCUGGGCUGGGUGAGUGUCCACUGGGCUCCCUGGGCUGGGUGAGUGUCCACUGGGCUGCCUGGGCUGGGUGAGUGUCGCCUGGGCUGGGUGAGUGUCCACUGGGCUGCCUGGGCUGGGUGGUGUCCACUGAGCGGACAAUGUGGAGUAAAACAAAACAAUUUGGUUUGGGUCUGCACGAUAGUCUGAAAGAGAAUGGCUGACACAUCAACCAAGGACACAGCAUUGUCAUCUGCUCACCCAAGAAACUUAGUAAUUACUGUACAUAUAAAUUCACACGGGAAUGGCUAAAUGUGUCAGUUGAAUGAGCUCAUCUAAUGUAUUUCUCUACAUUUUUUAGUAGGCCAUUACAGGACCAUACCAUCCAAGUGUGGUUUUCCCACAAACCAUUUCCUUGUUCUUACAGCCUCUCUCUAUGGUUUCUGAGCUUCCAUAUCAGAGAUUGUAUCCUAGAAGUGCAGUACUUUUAAUCAGAGCCCUAUGGGAAUAUGGUGCCAUUUGGGAUGCACACAGAGUGGCUGGCUAUCGCUAUAGCAUUAUGGUUGUGCAGGCAUAGCGUGGGCUUGGCUGGCAUGUUGCCAUGUUUGUGUUGUUACUGUGUAAACAGUAGGGCUUGGGGGGGGGGGGGGGGGAGAUUUCUGUAUACUUCCUGACUCAUAGAUGUGUUCCCUCUCCCUACAGGCGCUAGAUGUAGACAGAGGAGUACUUCACAAGAUCAAGAAGUCUGUCAAGGCCAUAAACAACUCUGGCCUGGGUGAGUACAGUACAACACAUUACAGUACAUUAGUGAGUGACUCAGUCCUGGUGUAGUUUCCAUACACUCAUAAUGUAAAUAGCAUCUACACCCACUAACCUCUGUACUCCAGUUGUGCAGCAUGUUGGUAUAUCUCAAUAUAUUACACAAUAAUAUGAGUGUGUCUGACUCUGAACAGGAAUAUUUAGUGUAUCUUGGUGCACACACACAAUCUCCACACAGUCAUGUAACUGCAUUAUGUGUUGACCUCUUUAUGCACCUUUUACAGUUUUAUUGCAGCAGAUCAGGGUCUGAAAACAGUCCUGGUGGUGACACAGAUUGGUGUUACAGCAGUGUUUACCUUACCAUUGACAAUUUUGAGGGCGUGGAUUUACUUUUGGGGCCUUCGUGCCCCACCUGGAAAUUAAACUAUGGGAAAGAGACUGUUACAGGAAUUGGAUGAGUUCUGUGUUGAGACAGUGGAAGUGUAACCUCAGAGAGAGAGAGAGAGAGCGAAGUAUAGUGUAUAGCACCUCACCACAUUCCUCUCAUUCCACACACCUGUCCCAGCAGGCCUAAGGAGCAUAGGUGUGUCUUUAGUAACUCCAGUCCUUCCUAUAAUACGGUAUAUUAAAGGUCCCUACUCAGUUAGACCCAGGCCCUUUUCUUCUGUGACUGUCCCUCUCCACCCUCCACCCAGCCCACAGACCUUCCAGUGACAUCCCAGGCCCAGGGUCAUAAUCCUGGGGUGUUUUUGAUACGGAUCAGGGGCUGAUAAUCAUGGCUCUAACCAUAGUUGGAUCUGCACAUGCUGGAAAUACCUUAAAGCUAGAAUCCUUAAUUGAAACAUUAACAAGGCAUUUUCCCUGCCCCUGUUUCGCUAAAAAGCCGUCUCAAAUUGAGACAGAGCUAUGGAUGCAAUAACUGACCAUCCAUUAUAUUAAAUGUAUAGUUUUAACCAUGUUUUGUGGGUAAACAGUGUUUGUUUACAUUUAUGUUGUUUGCAAACAUUGGGGAAAACAAGCUUAUGUUUUGGGUUCUGAUCAGGUAAGACAGUUGAACUAAGCUCAUGAGGCAUUUCUAAAUUAUAUUCUUCAAGAAUCAAUGGGUACAUAUCAUUCAUUCACGUUGCUUUUGUUUGGAGCUGCUGUGUAAACUAAACUCUGAGUUUUUACACACACUUUACAGGCCUUACAUGCUGUUCACUGUUAUAAAACGGCUGUGUAAGAAUGGCAUCGUUAGUCUGGUCCCAGAUCUGUUUGUGCUGGUCUUGAGUUGACAACUCAUAUAGUUAUUGAGUUGGCAAGACAGCACAGACAGACCGGGUUAGGUGUUUUUAGCUAGGAUUUAGCUAGAAUUUAUGUAAUGUAUUUAAGGCAGCUAAAAGAGUUGGGACUGGUGGGGAGUCAGUCAGGAAAGUAGUAGAACGAUUUUCAUCCUGUUUCUUGUACAUGCACUCUGUUCUAGUGAAGCUCCUGCAUGGUCCUGCAUGUGCUUCUACAUCUGCAAUGCUUGCUGUUUGGGGUUUUAGGCUGGGUUUCUGUAUAGCACUUUGUGACAUCUGCUGAUGUAAAAAGGGCUUUAUAAACACAUUUGAUUGAUUGAUUGAACAGCACAUCCAAGCCAGCUUCCUGUUUUACAGAGAUAAUUCCUCUAUAGUGUUGCCUCAUGAAGCCAUCUGACUGUCAGCACUCUGAGACACUUUAUUUAUGCCCCUGAGGGGAUAAAGUUGUAUUUAAUUGAAUGUAUUUGCCUUCCUCAAGCUUAGAAGUGAUUUUUCAUAGACCUAACUUGUCAUUUUUCAGGUCAGGUCAAUUUAGAAAAUGGACAGUAUAACAGGGAUAUAUGAAAUGUCCACUAAAAGUCUCACUAACUCCCAUGGGAUUGCAUAGGGGAUAAUAUUAAUAGAAGAGUCUGUGUAAAGCCUCUUUGAUUCGUUUUUAAUGAUGUAAAGUGUGUUUGUGACCCAUGCAAAAUCACCUUUACACAAACUCUGAUUUGACUUGAUUUGACUUCUGACUGUAAGUAACCCCUGUGUGUGUUUUUCUCAGCCCACGUUGACAAUGACGAGCAAUACAUUCAGUCUCUGGAGAAGUUUGGGGACAGCUGUGUCUCUAGAGAGGAUCCGGAGGUGGGCUCAGCCUUCCUCAAGUUCGCCAUCUUUACCAAAGAGCUCACAGCCCUCUUCAAGAACCUGGUGAGACCCCAUCACACAGACACACACACAGACACACACAGAGACACAGCCUAACCAGGCUUUCUUUCUCUCUCUGUCUCUACAUCACUCUGUCUCUACAUCACUCUGUCUCUACAUCACUCUGUCUCUACAUCACUCUGUCUCUACAUUACUCUGUCUUUACAUCACUCUGUCUGUCUGUCUGUCUCUACCUGUCUGUCUCUACCUGUCUGUCUCUACAUCACUCUGUCUCUACAUCACUCUGUCUCUACAUCACUCUGUCUCUACAUCACUCCGUCUCUACAUCACUCUCUGUCUGUCUCUCUACCUGUCUGUCUCUACAUCACUCUGUCUCUACAUCACUCUGUCUCUACAUCACUCUGUCUCUACAUCACUCCGUCUCUACAUCACUCUGUCUGUCUGUCUCUCUACCUGUCUGUCUCUACAUCACUCUGUCUCUACAUCACUCUGUCUCUACAUCACUCCGUCUCUACAUCACUCUCUGUCUGUCUCUCUACCUGUCUGUCUCUACAUCACUCUGUCUCUACAUCACUCUGUCUCUACAUCACUCUGUCUCUACAUCACUCUGUCUCUACAUCACUCCGUCUCUACAUCACUCUGUCUGUCUGUCUCUCUACCUGUCUGUUUCUACAUCACUCUGUCUGUCUGUCUCUAUAUCACUCGGUCUCUACAUCACUCUGUCUGUCUCUCUACCUGUCUGUCUCUACAUCACUCUGUCUCUACAUCACUCUGUCUCUACAUCACUCUGUCUCUACAUCACUCUGUCUCUACAUCACUCCGUCUCUACAUCACUCUGUCUGUCUGUCUCUCUACCUGUCUGUCUCUACAUCACUCUGUCUCUACAUCACUCUGUCUCUACAUCACUCUGUCUCUACAUCACUCCGUCUCUACAUCACUCUGUCUGUCUGUCUCUCUACCUGUCUGUUUCUACAUCACUCUGUCUGUCUGUCUCUAUAUCACUCGGUCUCUACAUCACUCUGUCUGUCUGUCUCUACAUCACUCUGUCUCUAUAUCACCCUGUCUGACCGUCUCUACAUCUCUCUGUCUCUAUAUCACUCUGUCUGUCUCUCUACAUCACUCUGUCUGUCUGUCUCUCUACAUCACUCUGUCUAUAUCUCUACCUGUCUGUCUCUACAUCACUCUGGCUCUCUCUCUACCUGUCUGUCUCUACAUCACUCUGUCUAUCUGUCUCUCUACCUGUCUGUCUCUACAUCACUCUGGCUCUUCUCUACUGUCUGUCUCUACAUCACUCUGGUCUCUAUCUACCUGUCUGUCUCUACAUCACUCUGUCUCUAUCAUCUCUACUCUGUCUGUCUCUCUACAUCACUCUGGCUCUUCUCUACCUGUCUGUCUCUACAUCACUCUGUCUAUACUCUCUACCUGUCUGUCUCUACAUCACUCUGGCUCUCUCUCUACCUGUCUGUCUCUACAUCACUCUGUCUAUAUCUCUACCUGUCUGUCUCUACAUCACUCUGGCUCUCUCUCUACCUGUCUGUCUCUACAUCACUCUGUCUAUAUCUCUACCUGUCUGUCUACAUCACUCUGGCUCUCUCUCUACCUGUCUGUCUCUACAUCACUCUGGCUCUCUCUCUGUCUGUCUGUCUCUACAUCACUCUUUCUCUCUCUCUACCUGUCUGUCUCUACAUCACUCUUUCUCUCUCUCUAACUGUCUGUCUCUACAUCACUCUGUCUAUAUCUCUACCUGUCUGUCUCUACAUCACUCUGGCUCUCUCUCUGUCUGUCUGUCUCUACAUCACUCUUUCUCUCUCUCUACCUGUCUGUCUCUACAUCACUCUUUCUCUCUCUCUAACUGUCUGUCUCUACAUCACUCUGUCUAUAUCUCUACCUGUCUGUCUCUACAUCACUCUGGCCUCUCCUGUCUGUCUGUCUCUAUCUCUCUCUGUCUGUCUGUCUCUACAUCACUCUUUCUCUCUCUCUACCUGUCUGUCUCUACAUCACUCUUUCUCUCUCUCUAACUGUCUGUGUCUUGUUUUCAGUUGCAGAACAUGAACAACAUCAUUACCUUCCCCUUAGACAGUCUACUGAAAGGAGACCUGAAAGGGGUCAAAGGGGUAGGUGUACUAUAUGUGUUAUAAAAUACAGUGUUUUACCAUACCAGUCAGAUCAUGUGUUUGACCAUACCAGUCAGAUCAUCUGUUUUACCAUACCAGUCAGAUCAUGUGUUUUACCAUACCAGUCAGAUCAUCUGUUUACCAUACCAGUCAGAUCAUGUGUUUGACCAUACCAGUCAGAUCAUCUGUUUGACCAUACCAGUCAGAUCAUCUGUUUACCAUACCAGUCAGAUCAUGUGUUUUUACCAUAAAGUCAGAUCAUGUGUUUGACCAUACCAGUCAGAUCAUGUGUUUUACCAUACCAGUCAGAUCAUCUGUUUGAACCAUACCAGUCAGAUCAUGUGUUUGACCAUACCAGUCAGAUCAUUCUGUUUGCCCAUACCAGUCAGAUCAUCUUCGUUUACCAUACCAUCAAGAUCAUCUGUUUACCAUACCAGUCAGAUCAUCUGUUUACCAUACCAGUCAGAUCAUCUGUUUUACCAUACCAGUCAGAUCAUCUGUUUACCAUACCAGUCAGAUCAUCUGUUUACCAUACCAGUCAGAUCAUCUGUUUUACCAUACCAGUCAGAUCAUCUGUUUACCAUACCAGUCAGAUCAUGUGUUUUACCAUACCAGUCAGAUCAUGUGUUUACCAUACCAGUCAGAUCAUGUGUUUACCAUACCAGUCAGAUCAUGUGUUUACCAUACCAGUCAGAUCAUCUGUUUACCAUACCAGUCAGAUCAUGUGUUUUACCAUACCAGUCAGAUCAUGUGUUUUACCAUACCAGUCAGAUCAUGUGUUUACCAUACCAGUCAGAACAUGUGUUUUACCAUACCAGUCAGAUCAUGUGUUUUACCAUACCAGUCAGAUCAUCUGUUUGACCAUACCAGUCAGAUCAUGUGUUUGACCAUACCAGUCAGAUCAUCUGUUUGACCAUACCAGUCAGAUCAUGUGUUUGACCAUACCAGUCAGAUCAUGUGUUUGACCAUACCAGUCAGAACAUGUGUUUUACCAUACCAGUCAAAACCACGGUGACACAAGAGGGAGUAGGCUUGUCCCAUACUAGUCAUCUUGAACACAUAGAUAGUCACUGGUUAGUCCUCCUGACUCCUAUCCAGUCAUUCAAAUAAUGCAUUGUAAAGGUCUUUCUGAGCAUGUGACUGACCUUUAACCUUUAAUAUCACAGUUUUGAGCCAGUUUGAUAGUCAUGACUUGAGCUCAUAUAAUUUGUAUCCCUUGUAUUAAUACUGUUAUGUUCCUGUUUUAUUUCCACAGGAUCUGAAAAAGCCUUUUGAUAAAGCCUGGAAGGAUUAUGAAACUAAAGUGUGAGUUAGAGCCAUGUUAUUAUUAUUACAACUCCCUCUGUUUCACCACCACCACCACCGUUUGAGUUUCACCACCUCAUACUGUAUGUGGGUUAAGCAUAAGUUAGUGAUUAUAGCUUACGAGCACAAGGAAAACGUGGUCGGUGGUGGGGUAGUUCCGUUGAAUAGCCUGAGUACCUGUUAGAAUAAGAGUAAGCUGCACCAUGAAGUUGCAUGUGUGGGUUCAGCUUUACAACAACUAGAAAGGGGGAAACAAUGGAAGCUAGUAAAAGGUCAACUGCUACUAUUCAUGAAACAGCUGAUAAGGCAGACAGACCUUCGGAGAGAGAGAAUGAGACUAGGCCUGCUAUAGCUGCACCUGCUGCCUGUUUGUAUGUGAAUACAAAACUCCUCACAUUUAUGUGAACACUGAUUCUGUCUGUCUGUGAUUCCUUUAGUGCUGAAUGAACUACGGUAUGGACAGACAAGGGGUUUACUUUACUGAAAUUGUACGGUACAUGUUGGACGUCCCAACAGUAUCUUUUCAUUUUCACCAUGACAGGCAUGAAAUACAUGAAUAAGCUCUUUUAUACGUUUAUUUGAUAAAUUACUUAACAUAAAGAUCAUUCUAGUUCACUGUAUGAGGGCUGGGCAAGUCAUUUAAGAGUUACUAGUUUACUAAAGACUGAUGCCUUGUACCAAACACCUGUGGCGUAGAGUCAUAGAGCCUUUUGGUUGAUGUGAUUGACUGGUGGUUUGAUGACUCACUGUAAGGGAAUGAUAACAAUUUAAUAACUCUUAACAUAAACUGAGGAGAGUAAAUAUUGAUAUCAUGUUAAUUAGUGAAUGAUUUUCCUGCUUCAUCCAUUCAUCCUGUGCUUCAUCAUCAUCACUGAGACCUCUGUGUUCCCUGCAGCACUAAGAUAGAGAAGGAGAAGAAGGAGCAUGCUAAGCAGCAUGGGAUGAUACGGACAGAGUUCAGUGGAGGAGAGAUCGCUGAGGAGAUGGAGAAGGAGAGACGCAUCUUUCAGCUCCAGAUGUGUGAGGUGAGAAGGUGGACCAUGAGUGAUGGAGAGGACAGGACAGGACUGUUUGUUGUGGCAUGACAAUGAUCAUGGUAGUUGUCUAUAGAGAACAAACAGAUCUGUGAUCAGACUGGUGCACCAGGCUAGUGAAACCGGCUAUCUAAGUAUUUCACCUAUCAGAGGCUAUGCAGGAUAGAAGACACAACAGGGUCCACUGAGGAGUAUUUACACAUGUCCAUUGAUAUUGUUACUCUGUGUGUCUUAUUCUGUCUACAGUAUCUUCUCAAAGUGAAUGAAAUUAAAACGAAGAAGGGGGUUGACUUUCUCCAGAACCUCAUCAAAUAUUUUCACGCCCAAUGCAAGUAUGUUGUUUUCAUUUACCCAGUGAUUUCAGAUUAGCAGUGUUUAGUCAGUGCAUUUGUCUUUUGUAGGAGGCUAAAUGCUUGACCCAUCUUGACUCCUGGUGAUCUCUGUUUCCUCUCUCCUCACAGCUUCUUCCAGGAUGGUCUGAACACAGUAAAUAGCCUCAAACCUUCCAUAGAGAAACUGGCUACAGACUUGACUACAGUGAGCCACUCUCUCCACACAUCCAUAUUUUAUAAUAUUCUCUUUGGAUGUUGCCAUGGUUUUACUGCCUGUCUGUCAAUAAUGUGUCACUCGGGCCUCCCGAGUGGCGCAGCGGUCAAGGCACUGCAUCGCAGAGCAAGCUGCGUUACUACAGAUUCUGGUUCGAUACCAGGCUGUGUCGCAGCCGGCUGCGACUGGGAGAACCAUGAGCUGACGCACAAUUGGCCCAGCGUUGUCUGGGUUAGGGGAGUGUUUGGCCGGCCGGGAUGUCCUUGACCCAUCGCACUGUAGCGACUCCUGUGGCGGGCUGGGCGCAUGCACGCUGACACGGUCGCCAGGUGUACGGUGUUUCCUCCGACACAUUGGUGCGGCUGGCUUCCUGGUUAAGCGUGCAUUGUGUCAAGAAGCAGUGCGGCUUGGCGGGGUUGUGUUUCGGAGGACGCACAGCUCUUGACCUUCGCCUCUCCCGAGUCCGUACAGGAGUUGCAACGAUGGGACAAGACUGUAAUUGGGGAGUAAAAAAUGUAUACAGUUGAAGUCGGAAGUUUACAUACACUUAGGUUGGAGUCAUUAAAACUCGUUUUUCAACCAUGUUUUUCAACCACUUUUUCAACCAAAUUUCUUGUUAACAAACUAUAGCUUUGGCAAGUCGGUUAGGACAUCUACUUUGUGCAUGACACAAGUCAUUUUUCCAACAAUUGUUUACAGACAAAUUAUUUCACUUAUAAUUCACUGUAUCACAAUUCCAGUGGGUCAGAAGUUUACAUACACUAAGUUGACUGUGCCUUUAAACAGCUUGGAAAAUUUCAGAAAAAUUGCUUUAGAAGCUUCUGAUAGGCUAAUUGACAUCAUUGAGUCAAUUGGAGGUGUACCUGUGGAUGUAUUUCAAGGCCUACCUUCAAAUUCAGUGCCUCUUUGCUUGACAUCAUGGGAAAAUCAAAAGAAAUCAACCAAGACCUCAGAAAAAAAAUUGUAGACCUCCACAAGUCUGGUUCAUCCUUGGGAGCAAUUUCCAAACGCCUGAAGGUACCACGUUCAUCUGUACAAACAAUAGUACGCAAGUAGAAACACAAUGGGACCAUACAGCCGUCAUACCGCUCAGGAAGGAGACGCGUUCUGUCUCCUAGAGAUGAACGUACUUUGGUGCGAAAAGUGCAAAUCAAUCCCAGAACAACAGCAAAGGACCUUGUGAAGAUGCUGGAUGAAACGGGUACAAAUGUAUCUACAGUGCUAUGAAAAAGUAUUUGCCCCCUUUCUAAUUUUCUCUACUUUUGCAUAUUUGUGAUACUGAAUGUUAUCAGAUCUUCAACCAAAACCUAAUAUUAGAUAAAGGGAACAUAAGUGAACAAAUAACACAACGAUUACACAUUUAUUUCAUUUAUUUCAUAAACAAAGUUAUGCAACACCCAAUUCCCCUGUGUGAAAAAGUAAUUGCCCCCUUACACUCAAUAACUGGUUGUGCCACCUUUAGCUGCAAUGACUCCAACCAAAUGCUUCCUGUAGUUGUUGAUCAGUUUCUCACGUCGCUGUGGAGGAAUUUUGGCCCACUCUUCCAUGCAGAACUGCUUUAACUCAGUGACGUGAGGGUUUUCAAGCAUGAACUGCUUGUUUCAAGUCCUGCCACAACAUCUCAAUUGGGAUUAGGUCUGGACUUUGACUAGGUCAUUCCAAAACUUCCAAUUUGUUGCUUUUUAGCCAUUUUCAUGUAGACUUGAUUGUGUGUUGUGGCAGCAUCAUGCUGUGGGGAGGGGGGGGGGCUUUGCUGCAGGAGGGACUGGUGCACUUCACAAAAUAGAUGGCAUCAUGAGGAAGGAAAAUGUUGUGGAUAUAUUGAAGCAACAUCUCAAGACAACAGUCAGGAAGUUAAAGCUUGGUCGCAAAUGGGUCUUCCAAAUGGACAAUGACCCCAAGCAUACUUCCAAAGUUGUGGCAAAAUGGCUUAAGGACAACAAAGUCAAGGUAUUGGACUGGCCAUCACAAAGCCCUGACCUCAAUCCUAUACAUUUACAUUUACAUUUUAGUCAUUUAGCAGACGCUCUUAUCCAGAGCGACUUACAGUUAGCGCAUACAUUAUUUUAUUGAACACACAACCCUGGCGUUGCAAACGCCAUGCUCUACCAACUGAGCUACAUCCCCUGCCGGCCAUAGAAGAUUUGUGAGCAGAACUGAAAAAGCAUGUGCAAUCAAGGAGGCCUACAAACCUGACUCAGUUACACCAGCUCUGUCAGGAGGAAUGGGGACUUAUUGUGGGAAGCUUGUGGAAGGCUACCCGAAACGUUUGACCCAAGUUAAACAAUUUAAAGGCAAUGCUACCAAAUACUAAUUGAGUGUAUGUAAACUUCUGACCCACUGGGAAUGUGAUGAAAUAAAUAAAAGCUGAAAUAAAUCAUUCUCUCUACUAUUAUUCUGACAUUUCACAUUCUUAAAAUAAAGCGGUGAUCCUGACCUAAGACAGGGAAUUUUUACUAGGAUUAAAUGUCAGGAAUGGUGAAAAACUGAGUUUAAAUGUAUUUGGCUAAGGUGUAUGUAAACUUCUGACUUCAACUGUAUAUUAAAAAAAAAGUGUCACUCUCCCACUUCCUGUUUCUCAGAUCAAACAGACCCAAGAUGGAGAGAGGAAACAGCUGAGUGAGCUUAGAGAUGUUCUCAAGUCCUCCCUACAGUCCGAACAGAAAGAGGUGAGCUCUCAAUCACUGGAGUAAGUAGCGGAGGUGAUUUAGAUUCACACUCCUGCGACUUAAAACUAGUGUCACCUUAAGCCGUUGGUUUCCUGAGUAGGAGACCAGUGUUCAGAUCCCACCAGUUACAUUAGCCUGGUAGCAGAGAGGAUGAAUGGUCUUAUGUGUUGUGUCAUGUGGCUCCUGACUUACAGUUACAAUGCAUUAGGCGAUAUGCACAGGCGAGCAUGACAUAUUUCCGGUUAAAUCUCAGGAUGGAUGUAAACUUCCGGUUAUCGUAGAAUGCUGUGCUACCGUAUGCUAGCAUUGAAUGCUUGUCGUCAAAAACAUCCGAAACGGUUAAUUUUCGUUGUUGUUGUUUAUCUUAAUGUUUAUGUUAAAGCUUUUACUUGUAAUACUUCGUCUUGACUUAUAACACGGUGACGUGUAAACGUACGAAAGUGUCCUUUCAAAAACGGGAUGACAGCUCUUCCAGCCAUCACUGCUGUGUGCCGCAAUGUACAGUGUCUGCCAGAUGCAAUUCUUCUGUUAGUUUUUUUACUUUUCCCAAAGACAGUGAAUUACAUAAACGGUGGGUGAUUAACAUUCGACGAGUCAACUUUCUUACAACAAACACACGAGUCUGCAGCCGACACUUUCUAAGUGAAGAUGUGAUAGAGCCUCCGACUCCAGCUGGGCGCAGACGUCUGAAGAAGGGAGCUGUUCCAUGCCUGUGAUGAGUAACUGUCCCUGGACUUGCCAAUAAUAACAAUGGCUUUCCUUCAAUUUUGUAGGCCGUGGUCAAAUCUCAGGAACUUGCAGUAUAUGUAGCUGGCUACAUUUGGGCAUUUCAUUUCAACUAGACCAAAUGAUGGUAGCUCAAGUGGGUCUUAUACCAGCCCAUCAGGCGAUGCACCCAGCCAAGGUGCGUCCGGAUACACGACUAGCCCACACUUUGUCAGAUUAAGAUUUUUUAGAACUGCAUAGUCCUUCAAUGCACCUGCUUCCAUUUCCAGCCCCCUUUUCAUUAGUGGUGUUUGUCUUGUCCCUCUGAUAAUUCUUUCUGCCAGUUUUUCUGCUGUGCUUGUACCUUUAACAUGGCUUACCUCCCGGAAAUGUGAAGCAGUCACUCUCUCCUUCCUCAGUGAAUUCCACUCGGGUGUAUCACUUUGGCAUCUGGUUGCUUCCUCAAUCAGGUGUGACUGUGACAAAGUCACAGACAGAGAACUGAGGUGAAGCUUUUCUUGAUCCGUCAUGAUCUCGUAUGAACAGUCUGUUGGUUGUAAAUGGUAACCGUCCAGUGGCACUUUUGGGAACGGUGGUGCAUCCUCAUGGAUGACCACACUGUCAGGUGGAGGUGGUGGGGGUUGAUAUGACAGGAUACUGCCAGUUUGUACCUUGCCAAAAAUGGAGUCCACGAGUGGUUUGUCAGAUGUGAUGUUCAUUCUGCAGAUAAGGGGAAGAGAGUCUGGUUCCAUGUCAGCAUAGGCAGGUAGUGGGUUGAGGGUUGAUGUUUCUGGUAGCUCACCGCUGUAGCCCUUGUAAAGUGUAGAUCUGGAAUAACAAUAUCAGGAAAAAUAAAGGGUUCACUAGGAAAUACACCAGAAUCUAACAGCGAUUAAUAACAUUUAUUUCGCAACACAUUGUAGUCUGCCUGUUUAAUUGGACUCUGCUUGCCGGAGUAGCAUCUGGUUUGGGCUUCACUACAACCAUGGCAUCCACAGGUCCUGGCUUCACUCCCUAUUUAUUUAUGAGAUGGUAUUAGGAGAGAUGCUAGUAUGCAUGUGACACAACUGUCUGGUAUUGAAAUGAUACAAACCAUUGUUCGUGGUUUAUGCCACUUCUGCUCUGUUUCAGUGCACGAAAGUACAGGAGGGACGACAGACAUGCCACAUUCAGAGUAAUGGGCAGUCUAAUAUAGUAAUGCAACCAAAUGAUUGCAUAUCCCACACACAGGAACAGUAGCUUUUAACAAGCACAACUGGCUGUGAAUCACGCAAUGUCAUUUGAAAUACACAGAAGCAUAAUUUAAUGGGUUUUGAAAGACGAGGGUCUACAGCAGCAGGAGUAGGAGCAAAACUUGUUCUUUCUACUUUUUACUGGUGUAAGCAACUUAUCUACUGUCUCGUGUCACUUUUGUGCUUUCUGCAUCACUUUCCUACUGUCUUGCACCACUUGGCUAUACUGUCUCCCACCACUUACCUAUUGUCUUGUGCCAUUUACCUACCUUCAAACAGUAUUGGCAGAGCAGUAGGAGAGUGGUGCAACAUUGUAGCCUAGUACCAAUAACAACAGUAGAGUGAAGGUUUUGCUCCUAAUUCCUCUUGAGAAGUAGAAACAUCAAGUACAAAAGCAAGGAAGUUGGGCCAUAUGUUUAUAAAGAAAGAAGUAAAGAUGACAGGACAGUUUUGAGUAGACCAUCAGCAGUUUGAAGAAUAGCUGAGUGGAAUAUGUUACUGUCAUCAAGUCAGGAAAAAGUAGUAAUCUCAUUAUUGUUUACAUUUCAAACCAAACUCCAAUUUGUUUACAACAGACCCAACAACAAAGCAUGGCAAUUCCCACUCAGCUACCCUGGUCUGUAUUAGCUACCACUGUUCAGCUAUCGUGAAAACCACUAAAGUUCUAAAGUGUUCUCUUAGCAAUGGCAAUCAAAGCUGUGGUAACAUUAAACGGGUAAAACAUGUGUUGAACGGAACCUUGAACAAGUUCAACAGAACUUUGAACGUGUCACUUAAUCUAGUGCUACUCUCAGCUGGUGUGGUGGCAUUAGUUUCUUCAUUGAGCGGUAGCAGUGGGCUCUCAGAGAUCUCAUUUGUAGCCCUGUUUUUACCUGAUACUUUCAUAAAAGUACAAACACAUGAAGUGAGAGGUAUAUACACAUGAUUAAACUUUAUUUAAACCAUGAUUAACCUGAAACAGGACGGAGUCAUGAUUUAAAACACCAAAGCAAGGCUUCUAGCUCAGGCUAGCUAGAUUUAGCAUAUUACCUUCAAAGUUGCAAAGAAAAGAAGAAACUUAAAAUUUGAAGCCUUUAUCCAGUUUGCUACGUGGUGUCGUACUGGAUGUCCGGACGACCCUCCGUAUAUAUCAUUAACAGAUACUUUAGGCAACUCCAGCAAACACCUUGUAAACUUCAUCUCUGCCAUCAUAACGGUCUACUGUCGCUGUCUAAUGUUUUUUUCCGGUAACCGGAAAUGCCCAAGCAUCCUUAGGCCAAUGCGGAAGUGAUGCGUGCAUAGAGCCUAUAGACUGAUCUCCCAGUGGCUAGGAGAGUGAAUGUGUGCUUUCUUGGUGAACUUUAGCUCUUUCCCCAAUCAAGCCUUUUUCUCUCUUUGAACCUCCAAAGCACCCUAUUCCCUAUAUAGUGCACUACCUUUUACCAGGGCCCAUAGGGUGCUAUUUGGGACACAGCCAUCAUCAAUGUUAUUAACCAAUGUUCUUAAAAACAGCUUCCAAACAUCCUGACCACUGGUGACAUUGAUAUCUGUAAUCUUUUCAGAUUGCAAGGCUCUGCUCAAGCCCUCCAUGCAAAUCUCUAUUGCUUCCAGAUUCCAGAGUCACUCACUCUAUUUGAAUAUAUCGAAAUAAGGCUGCAAGGUGUUCACCUACACUGCUAGAAGAAAUGGUGCUAUGUAGAACCAAAAAGUAAUCAAUGGCUCGCUUCAUACAGGGCUAUAUAGAAUUGCAAAGCACCAUCAUCUUUAAGCAGUGUAGAGUAGAAUAGGCCUUCAGGAGAGGACGUUGAAGAAACUUGAUUCAGAUGAACACCUGAGCUAUGAGAGAUGGGAGAAGUGUUAUGUCCUCAUGACUGAGUGUGUCUCUGAUGCAUUAGGAUACCCAGGCCAAGCAGACAGGAUACAGCCUUCACCAGCUCCAGGGGAAUAAGGCCCAUGGCACAGAACGCUGUGGAAUGCUGUACAAGAAGAGUGAGGGGUGAGUUGACAGAGCCUCAAUCACCAAUUUGGCCUCUGAUCUCUUACACAGAGCCAAGAAGAGCUGUUUGUUUCCCCGCCAAAGGCAGGGAAAUGUGGUUUUAAUCGUGGCGAUGGGGUGAUAUGAUGGCCUCUGCACAUACAUGAUUUCAUUUGCUGCUCAUGAAAUGGUUUGGUUUGGUAUUUUAUUAGGAUCCCCAUUAGCUGUUGUGAAAGCAGCAGCUACUCUUCCUGGGGUCCACACAAAACAUGAAACAUGACAUAAUACAGAACAUUAAUAGACAACAACCGCUCAAGGACAGAACUACAUAAAUUUAAAAAUGGCACACACAGCCUACAUAUCAAUACAUACACACAAACUAUCAAAUAGGGGAGAGGCGUUGUGCCGUGAGGUGUUGCUUUAUCUGUUUUUUUAAACCAGGUUUGUGUUUCAUUUUAGCAAUAUGAGAUGGAAGGGAGUUCCAUGCAAUAAUGGCUCCAAAUAAUACUGUACACUUUCUGGAAUUUGUUGUGAUUUGGUGAUUAUAGAAGCUGUACUGUAGAGGAAUAGAGAAGUGUUGUAGUGAAAUAAUGAAUGUUUACUCUUCUUCAGUCUCAGGAAAGUGUGGCAAAAGAGGAAGUGUUCAGUGAAGAACGGGUUCCUGACUAUCUCCCAUGGAACGGUAAGAGACUUGCUGUUUUUGUCUUCUCCUAUUGGUCACUCACUUUCCUUCAUGCAUGCUGUCAUGCAUGCUUCUCUCCUUACGGUCUGAAUAUACAUACAUGUCAGUCAGUGGGAUUCUAUAAGGUAUUUAUUUUGGACACAUUUCUUCCAUAAAUUGGAAAAAAGAUGUGGACGACGAAGUACAAUUAUUAUUAUUAUAAAAAUGUUUUGAUGAAGAGCCAGACAACAUGUUAGGAGGGCGCGUGAAGAAGAGGAAGAGGAUGAAGAAGAGGAUGAAGAAGAGGAUGAAGAAGAGGAUGAGGAAGAGGAAGAGCGUGAAGAAGAGGAAGAGCGUGAAGAAGAGGAAGAGCGUGAAGAAGAGGAAGUGGAUGAUAGACAGAAUAGUGGGAAGAGGAAGACGUUUUGAAUUUCAAUCUUUCAUUUUUGGGUCGGCAGGAAAGGUGAUUUCAUUACUAACCAGUACAGUACUGACCUCUUCUAGGAAUCCAAUCACAAACCGCUACAAGCUCUUUUGAGCAUGACUUUCCUCUUGACAACAUUACCCUAAGCUCUAACGUCAUAACGUUAUUAUCUAACGGCAUAGCGUUCUCAGUUGUGAUCACAGAAUGUCGUGACGGAUAUCAUUUCACAAAACCUGUGUCAGGUCCUAAAACCUCUAACAUUAUAGCAGCCUCUUGCCAGACACAGUACUGAGAUAUUGUUUGAAUGAUAAAAUUGCCCCUGAGCAUGGCUUCCACAGUGAAUUGCCUCUGAGCAUGGCUUCCACAGUGAAUUGCCCCUGAGCAUGGCUUCCACAGUGAAUUGCCCCUGAGCAUGGCUUCCACAGUGAAUUGCCCCUGAGCAUGGCUUCCACAGUGAAUUGCCCCUGAGCAUGGCUUCCACAGUGAAUUGCCCCUGAGCAUGGCUUCCACAGUGAAUUUGUCCAGUGAUAAUGGAAGAAAAGGGUCAUAUUUGUUCUGUUUCCCUGCAUUUCACAUUGUUACUAUCCUUACACUAAAUAACUGGACAGUAAUUGUGCAACAACACUGCUGUUCUUUGGGCCUUUAGAGAGAUGUGGUUGUAAGCAUACUGUUUCAUUCAACAGGACAGAGAUGAAAAGUACAAUGAUACAUUUCUAGGUUGCUGCUGCAUUUGACAUUCUCUUUUUAUUUGUAAAAUAAUGUUUUUUAUUAAGUUGUUUUACUGUUUGGCAUUACACAACUGGGAAAGUUCCAUGAAUACUGUAUGAUCAACUUCAGCAUUAAAAAGUGUCUUAUUGUCUGUCCCCCUCUGUUCUCUUACUCAUCUCUGCUCCUCUCUCAUAGGCUAACACACCACCAGCUAAACUCAACCUGCUAACCUGUCAAGUGAAGCGUAAUCCAGAUGAGAAGAAAAGUUUUGAUCUCUUCUCACGUAAUUUAAGCAGCACUUUGAUGCUCCUUCUCCAUCUCAAACCUCUGAAUAUCUAGCUAACAUAGCAAAAGCAAGAUAGAAAACAUACUUUAUUUAACAUAUUUUAUUCCCUAGACUCUAUAAUAUGAUAUUUAUUAAAUGACAGACAUCUUCCAUCUAGUCUCUUAGCAUCUCUUACUGCAAGUGCCAGUUGCAUGUUGCUCAAUCAGCCUAUUAUUUGUCUAAACAGAUGACAGAACCUAUCACUUUCAAGCUGAGGAUGAGGCAGAGUGUCAGAUGUAAGUACCAUAGGGGUUCACUGAACCAAUGUAAGCUGUCUGUGCCUUUUGCACUGUGCAUGUUUUUGUGUGAACAUGGUGUAUACAUCAUUGUGUGUACAUGAUACAGGUAGUACAUGUAAUUGGUCUCUCAGAUUCUCUUUGACGUUGGUCGCGUCACAAAUGGAACCCUAUUCCCAAUAGUGUGCUGGUCAAAGGUAGUGCACUACAUAGGGAAUAGGGUGCCAUUUGGGACACAGACCUUUGCCCUCAGAGCUCACUGGUUCUCUCGGCUGCCUGUGUUUUCAGAUGGAUCUCAGUCCUGCAGAACAGUAAGGAGGAAGCCCUGAACGAUGCCUUCAAAGGAGACCAGGACGAGGGAGGAGAGAACAACAUAGUCCAGGAGCUGACCAAGGCCAUCGUCAGUGAGGUCAAGAGGAUGACCGGUAACGAUGUGUGCUGUGACUGCGGAGCGCCCAGUGAGUGACACACAGAGCAUGCUGGGAAAAGGCAGCAUGAAAAUGUUGUGGUCUUCCUCCCAGAGGGUUAUUAUAUCAAAGUGAAGAAAAACACAGUGUAUAUAUGUGAGUGUGUGAGGGGCUGACAUGGGUUUCAUAAUUCACAAGGCUGAAUGUACAACCUUGCUUGGUUUGACGAUUGACAUGGACUAUGUGCUGCACGCACCUUCUUAGGAGUCUCUGAUAGGUCAGUCAGACUAGUUCUUCAAAGACAGAAGAAAGAGUGUUGGCUGUUGCGGCCGUCGGAUGUUACUGAAAUCUUACUAGGCCUAUACACUGAGUCAAUAAAUCAUUAUGAACACCUGCUCUUUCCAUGACAUAGACUGACCAGGUGAAUCAAGGUGAAAGCUAUGAUCCCUAAUUGAUGUCACUUGUUAAAUCCACUUCAAUCGGUGUAGAUUAAGGGGAGGAGACAGGUUAACGAAGGAUGUUCAAGCCUUGAGACAAUUGAGACAUGGAUAGUGUAUGUGUGCCAUUCAGAGGGUGAAUUGGCAAGACAAAAUAUUUAAGUGCCUUUGAAAGGGGUAUGGUAGUAGGUGCCAGGCGCACCGGUUUGAGUGUGUCAAGAACUGCAGCGCUGCUGGGUUUUUCACGCUCAACAGUUUCCCGUGUGUAUCAAGAAUGGUCCACCACCCAAAGGACAUCCAGCCAACUUGACACAACUGUGGUAAGCAUUGGAGUCAACAUGGGCCAGCAUCCCUGUGGAACGCUUUCGACACAUUCUAGAGUCCAUGCCCUGACGAAUUGAGGUUGCUGUGAGGGAAAAAGGGGGUGCAACUCAAUAUUAGGAAGGUGUUCUUAAUGUUUUGUACACUCAAUAUAUAUCUCAUGUGUUUAAUUUAUAAUCAUAAGACACUGAAAAUAGUGCAUCAAUAUACUACUGCACCCUCUUAGGAGUGGAGCUUUAUUUAACGGUAAAACUAUUUCAGGUGAGAACUUAUAGUGGAAGCCCAGUAGUCUUUUUUUAUAUCAUUUUUUUUAGGGAUUUUUCAAGUUUAUUGGACUGAGACCGUGAAGAAAGACAGGAAAGUAAAGAGGAGAAAUUGUGUGCCUCUCUGCCAGCACUGGCAUACAGAUGUAGGAUCUUAAUUUGAUCAAUCUUUUGUUGCUGAGAAUUUUCUGUACAGCAGGAAAUGCAAACUUGUAGUGUAUUCGAGGUUUAAAAAUACUUCUAAAGUUUGUAAUUUACUCUUUAAAAUGUCAGACUUUAAAAAUAUAUUAACUCCUACAAAAAAUGUCAAUUUAAUUAUAAUCCCCAUAAUAAUUCACUGUUGCUGCAGGAUUAUUUUCCUGCUUUAGCAAACUGGCUCAAAUUAAGAAUCUACAUCUCUACAUGUGUGCCCCGAAGGCAAUGGUAGCUACUGCCAGACCACCCCGGGCUACAGCACACUAGUCUUAACACUGAUAAUAUCCUCUAUCUCUGUCUUCAGAUCCCACCUGGCUCUCCACUAACCUAGGAGUGCUCAUCUGCAUCGAGUGUUCUGGAAUCCACAGGGAGUUGGGUGUCCACUACUCUAGAAUACAGUCUCUCACACUGGACGUCCUGGGAACCUCAGAGCUCCUGGUAGAUACUACAGGCUUUUAGGAUUGUAUUUGACAUACUUUUGUACUAUAGUUAGUAAGAUUAAUAGUAGUGUGAUCCCCAGAUCUGUUCAUGGUGUCUUGACAACUCCUAUGGUCAUUGUCCAUGUUCGUCACAAACAAAUCUGGGACCAGGCUAGAUGAAUAAAGGCAGAGCGGAUACCAAAUUGACAUGUGCUCUACCUGGUCUUCCCCAGCUGGCUAAGAAUGUAGGGAACGCAGGUUUCAAUGAGAUCAUGGAGGCGGACCUGUCUGAACAGAGCGUGACUAAACCCAACCCCUCCAGUGACAUGUGAGUGACAGACAGCAGGGCAAGCCACACCCCUCAGCUCCCUCCUUCACCCUCCACCAACACCAAAACAGGAACAACACUGAAUAGAUUUAAUUUCACAUUAAGUUGAAUACAUUUCACUUCUUUUUAUACUGUUUAUAGUCCUGAAUGUCUUAGGGUGCAUCCCAAAUGGCACCCAAUUCCCUGGGCCCUGGUCAAAAGUAGUGCACUAAUACAGUGCUGCUGAGGGGAGGACGGCUCAUAAUAAUGGCUGGAACGGAGUAAAUGGAAUGGCAACAAACCAUGUGUUUGAUGUAUUUGAUACCAUUCCACUUCUUCCGCUCUAGCAAUUACCACAAGCCCGUCCUCCCCAAUUAAGGUGCCACCAACCUCCUGUGCACUAAUAUAUAAGGGAUAGGGGGGCAUUUUUUAUGCAGGCUUGCACUCGUUUCCUGUCUCUUUCCUGGUAUUUGAUCAUCCAUCUGUCUGGGCUCUUGUCUCCCUCAGGCAGACGCGGAAGGACUACAUCACAGCCAAGUACACGGAGAAGCGUUUUGCUCAGAGGAAGUGUGCAGACUUGGCGUCCAGGCUGCACGUCCUGUGUGAGGCAGUGAAGACCCGAGAUAUCCUCUCUCUCAUCCAGGUCUACGCUGAAGGAGUGGACCUGAUGGAGACCAUCCCAAUGGCCAAUGAGCAUGUGAGAUGAUUGACACUGGCCACAUCCCAAAUGUCACCCUAUUCCAUACAUAGUCCACUGAUUUUGACCAUAGCACUAUGGGCCCUGGUCAAAAGUAGUGCACUAUAUUGGGAAUAAGGUGCCAUUGGGACAUAGACAUUGCCUUCUAACAAUGACAUGGAGAAACAAGCUUGACUGGUUUUGCUGGUUUUAUAAUGAUGUUUUUGUGUGAUUUGUCACAUUUGAAUGCCUCUGAUUGGUAGGUAUAUUGGCUAUACAUUUCUAACACGGAUGUUUUCGAACUGUUGUCUUGAGUUGUCAUUGUUUCAUGCCCUCAGGAACCGGGUGAGACAGCACUACACCUAGCAGUACGAAUGGUGGACCGCAACUCCCUCCAUAUUGUGGACUUCCUGGCCCAAAAUAGGUACUAAAGGACUGGGUGAAAAGAUACUGCUUUUAUAGCUUAUAGUAGCAGAAGCAAACAAGCUCUCAGAUAUCAAAUGUGAAGAGGGGAAGUUAUCUAACAGCAUAUAAUAAAAUAUUUAGAUAGGAGCAGAAGUUGUUCUCCCAAUAAUUGUCAAUAUCAAUGAAGGGCAGUGUUGCCCCCUUGUGGUGACAGUUCUCGACCGUUUGUCUAACUGUACUAUCCUUUUGGGUUCCAAAGAUCCUCACAAGGACAGUAAAACAUGGAAAAUGGGGGCAUUUCGCCAGUCCCCAAAGGAAAAAUGCUCUUUUAGCCUUAGGGGUUAGUUUAGGGUUAGGCUUAGAAUUAGGGUACAGGGUUAGGAUUAGGGUUAGGGUUAGGAGUUGGGUUAGGGGUUUGGGGUUAAGGUUAUGUUAAGAGUAAGGGUUAGGGGUUAGGGAAAAUACGUUUUUUAAUGGGAAUACAUUUUUUGGUCCCCACUUGGAUAUUAAAACCAAUGUGUGUGUGUGUGUGUGUCUCUAUCUGUCUGUAAUUCUGUCUCUCGGUGUGCGUAACAGUGGGAACCUGGAGAAGCAGACAGCCAAAGGGAGCACGGCGCUGCACUACUGCUGCCUGACCGACAACAGCGAGUGUCUCAAACUGCUGCUGCGGGGCAGGGCCUCAGUCAGUAUUGGUAAGUACCCUCAUAGGAUCAUUUCUGCAUUCGAAAUGGCACCCUAUUCCCUAUAUAGUGCACUACUUUUAACCAGGGCUCAUAGGGCUCUGGUCAAAAGUAGUGCACUAUAUACGGAAUAGGGUGCCAUUUGGGAUACAGCCCAUGAACACAUGAUAAAGGGCUGGUCAAGUCCCAUAGAAACACAUGAAUUAAGCUCUGGUUGGUUUGUCUGUCUGUGUGUGCAGCCAACGAGGCAGGAGAAACACCAAUGGACAUCGCCAAGCGCCUCAGACAUACGCAGUGUGAGGAGCUGGUGAGUGCAGUCUUUGAAUGGAAUCUGAAGGCCAUUGAGAUUUUAACACAAUGACUGCAUCACAAUUCUCCACACUUUUCCCAAUGUGUGAACUUGCACACUUCUCGUCAUGGAUUUAACAAUAGUGAAAACUCCCACCAGACAAUACUUACACCAUUCCUAUGCUUUUAAAUCCAUGACAGGGAGUGUGCAAAGGCACACUUCUGGAAAAGGGUGGAGGAUUAAGACGCAGCCUAUAACAAUAUGAUGAUCCUCUUUAUUAGAGGAGGGCCCAUGGUUCCAUAUGAUCAACAUGGGUAACAGCAGAUCGAGGUUGACUGUAUGUUUGUUGUCUUUGUGGUGUUCAGCUGACCCAGGCCGAGACGGGGAAGUUCAACGUCCAUGUACACGUGGAGUAUGAGUGGCGGCUCAGCAACGACGACAACCUGGACGAGAGCGAAGAUGAGAUGGAGGAAAAGGUGAGUUAGUUCACCUUUAUUUUGAUUUGAUUUAUAAGGAUCCCCAUGGCAACAGCUAGUCUUACUGGGGUCCGACACAUAACGAAAAAGACAUUACAGACAAAAAAAAGACUUUAAAAAUGUACAUACAUUUAAAAACAUAAACAUGUAGUGUGUGUGUGUGUGUGUGCAUCUAUCAGUUACACAUACAGGUCAGUACAUACACACAACAAGUAGGUCACAUGGGGGAGAGGCGUUGUGCCAUGAGGUGUUGCUUUAUUUGUUUUUUUAAACCAGGUUUGCUGUUCACUUGUGCUAUAUAAGAUGGAAGGGAGUUCCCUGCACUCAUGGCUCUGUAUAAUACUGUAUGUUUCCUUGAAUUUGUUCUGGACCUGGGGACUGUGAAAAGACCCAUGGUGGCAUGUCUGGUGGGUUGUGUGUGUGUGUGUGUCAGAGCUGUGUGUAAGUUGACUAUGCAAACUAUUUGGAAUUUCCAAUACAUUAAUGUUUCUUAUAAAAACAAUAAGUCUUUCCCCAACUCUCAGCCAAGAGAGACUGGCAUGCAUAGUAUUAAUAUUAGCCCUCUGAUUACAAUGAAGAGCAAGACGUGCCGCUCUGUUCUGGGCCAGCUGCAGCUUAACUACGUCUUUCUUUGAAGCGCUUGACCAUAUGACUGGACAAUAAUCAAGAUAAGAUCAAACUAGAGCCUGCAGGACUUGCUUUGUGGAGUGUGUUGAAAAUUGUUGAUGCCUGUAAAAUAGAAAAGAGUAGAGGGCCUAGAGAGCUGCCCUGCGGUACACCACACUUUACAUGUUUGACAUUAGAGAAGCUUCCAUUUAAAGAAAACCCUCUGAAUUCUAUUAGAUACAGUAGAUAGCUCUGAAUCCACGAUAUGGCAGAGGUUGAAAAGUCAUAACACAUACGUUUUCUCAACAACAGGUUAUGGUCAAUAAUAUCAAAGGCUACACUGAAAUCUAACAGUGGAGGCUGUUAUAGCAGCAAAGGGGCGACCAAAUCCAUAUUAAUGCCCAUGAUUUUGGAAUGAGAUGUUUGACGAGCAGGUGUCCACAUACUUUUGGUCAUGUAGUGUAUAUGUUUGACAUCCCAGGGGAAUCUGUGCUGCUUACUGUAUACCAGACUCACUUGCUGUGCAUAUAAGCUGUUCUAUGCUGUGCAUGUAGGCUGUGCUAUGCUGUGCAUGUAGCAUAUCACCAUCUGUUUCCAAUUGCUAGAAGAGAUGGCAUCGAUAGCAUACUAGCCUGCUAAUGAGCUCUACCUGUGUGUCCUAUCCCUAUCCCCCAUAACCAGCCCAUCCCCCACAGACGGUCAGAGCAGGAACGUCCUGUCAGCUGUUUCAUCCCGGGCAGCGGUCUCAUGGGUCCCAUGCCAGGUGGUCUCAACAUGGCCUCCUUGGCUCGUGACGCGGCCAGCCUGGCCAGAGACAAGCAGAGAGCCCAUGUCCCCAGCAUGAUGAUGAGCAACGAGACCUAUGGCACCAUCCUGGAACCCAGCCCCCCUCCCCCCGCCAUGCCACCGUUACCGGUGGUACCCAUCCCAUAUCUUCCCCCCAGGAACGCCACCAAAGGUCAGUCGGAUGACAAUGAGCAUAGGUCAUAGGUCAUAGGUCAUGCUCUAGGUCAGGGGUGUCAAACUCAAUUCCUGGAGGGUGUCUUCUGGUUUUUGUUAUUUCCUUUCAAUUUGUGACCAAUUAAGACCAGGUGAGAGGAGUUCCUAACAUAUCAAUGGGGGGAGGAGGGGGGAGUGAAAACCCACAGCUACUUGGCCCUCCGGGAAUUGAGUUUGUCACCCCUGCUCGGGACCAUCGUUUCUUGAAAGUGUUGCUGAAAUAGUGACAAAUGGUUGACCCUAUGUGACAAAUGGUUGACCCUAAAUGGUUGACCCUAUUAUUGUAACCUUGCAGGUCCAGGGUGGAAGCAGGCUCCUAUGGAGGUGGUGGGUAGACAGAGGUCCUCCUCAGACCCCCCAAACCCUAACACCCCAGACCCCAACAGCUCCAUGUAUGGUAAGUGCACUACAUCGUACUACACAAUAAAUAACAACAUAUAAGCACUGUAUUACAAAAUAUAAGUACAUUUUUGAUGACUGCUGAUGUAAAAAGGCCUUUAUAACUACAUGUGAAAGAUAGAUAGAUAUAUAGAUGGAUUGAUAUCACUCCCCUCUCUCCAUGUAGUGCUUCCUCCGACUGCUCCCCCUCCCCCUGUGAACAAGAGGACCAAUCUGAUGGAGCAUAGAGGCCAUAAGACUGCUCCUCUACCUCCUUUACCUACCGUAUUACCUGGGCCUCCAGUGCCCCCGGUCAUCCCAGUAGCACCAGUCCUACCAACAGCACCCCCUGCACCCCCCUUCAAACCCACACAGCCCCCUCCUGUCCCCGCAUACCAUCCCAGCAAGAGAACCCCAGGGCCCAAGUCACCUAAAUCACCGACUAGGUAAGAACUGGGGCAUUUAUCAAGCAUCUCAGUGUAAGAGUGCUGAUUUAGGAUAAGUUUAGUCUUUUAGAUCACAAUGAAUAUGAUUACGUGGAUAGGGGGGACCUGAUCCUAAAUCAGCACUUCUACUCUGAGACGCUUGGUACAUAUGGCCGCUGACCAUGGAAGGAUGAUGUUUUGAAUUCUUAAACUGCAUACUCAUGUGUUCUCAUUCAAGAGUAUUGCAUCUUGUGUGUAGAUAGAAAGAGGGCGAAAGACCUGUGUAGCUCAGUUGGUAGAGCAUGGCGCUUGCAACGCCAGGGUUGUGGGUUCGAUUCCCACGGGGGGCCAGUAUGAAAAAAUGUAUGCACUCACUAACUGUAAGUUGCUCUGGAUAAGAGCGUCUGCUAAAUGAGUAAAAUGUAAAAUGAUGGAUGGAUGGAUGGAUGGAUGGACUGGUUUCACUCCCCGUGAUUAUCAGUUAACUAAGACCCUUCAUGUGAUGUGUGGUUUCAGUUCAGAUAAACCCACUCCUAAAGGACCUCCCAUCAAGACUGCUGGACCAACUGAUAGACCAGGUAAACAGACAAAUACAAUUAUUAUUAAAUAACUGGUCUGAUUCAAAGAGCUUUAAAUUAUGUGCUUUGACAAAGGAGCUUGCUCCGAAACGCAUCAGCAAUAAACAUAAUUGAAGGGAAUUAACCUGCCGUCCUGAACCUUCUUUUACAAUUGAGGCUUUAUUCUAUGUGUUACGUCAAUGAAUUGACGUUUACUGUCCCUGUGUGUCUUUUUGUUUGUGUGAGCAGUAAAGACCGCACCUGUACCUGGAUCCCCUCAGAGCUCUGGUCCCACCCCACCUCCAACACCGAAGCCUCGCGCCAACCACCCUGUGAGCGCCUAAUAUUAUAAUAAUAAUAAUAAUAUAUGCCAUUUAGCAGAUGCUUUUAUCCAAAGCAACUUACAGUAGUGUGUGCAUACAUUUUGGUAUGGGUGGAAAUGAACACACAAUCUCGACGUUGCUAACACCAUGCUCUACCAACUGAGCCACACAGGACCUGACCUCAGCCAAUCAUUAGCUCCUGACAUCAGCCAAUCAGAGCUGUGCAAUCACUACCUCACACACAGAUUAUUAUAGCAAUACAGUAAUAGCACAUUUACACUGAUUAUGAACAGAUCUUAUUUACAGUCUUGUGAUUUACCAUCAACACUUGCAAAAUCAUGAACUAACAUCUUCUAACUUUGUAUUAUUUGGCCUUUAUCUCACUCAGAAACAGAAACCCAGGAGGGUGAAAGCCAUCUACAACUGUUUAGCUGAUAACCCAGAUGAGUUAACGUUCACAGAGGGAGAGGUGAUCGUAGUGGACGGAGAGGAGGACCCGGAGUGGUGGGUAAGUAGUGUACACACACACACACACACACUUAAUCAAGUGCUGUUAUAUCUGUACCACUGACGGUAUCCUGUCCUGUGUAUGUUGCAGCUGGGACAUAUGGAGGGGGAGCCGACCAGGAGAGGGGCUUUCCCUGUGAAAUUUGUACACUUCAUCACUGACUGAUGCAUCUGAUGGUGUGACCGAAGCUGUCACUGUCUUUAUCUAUGGCUGUAUCAGAGGAGGCUGGUGGGAGGAGCUAUAGGAGGGCAGACUAAUGGCUGGAAUGGAAUUGAUGGAACAGAGUCAAACAUGUGAUUUCCAUAUGUUUGAUACUGUUCCAUUUAUUCCAUUCCAGCCAUUAUAAUAAAUCCAUCCUCCUAUAGCUCCUCCUACCAGCCUCCACUGGCCUUUAUUAUGUAUGUGAGACUGUGAGUGAAAAAGAUGUGGAAUGUGCACUGUGUGUGUGUGUGUGUGUGUGUGUGUGUAUGAUGUUAUUCUCAUGCAUCCAAACAGCAAAAGAAGAUGGCUGUUUCCCGAAUGGCACCCUAUUCCCUACAUAGUGCACUACUUUUGACCAGAGCCCUAUGGGUCCUGGUCAAAGGUAGUGCACUGAAUAGGGGAUGUAUACUAUAUGACCUGCCAACAGAAUGUUCUACAAUGCUGGAAAAUGUGUGACAAACUAUUUAACGACAUUCACCAAAUAAGAGGCAAAUGGAGGAAACUGUUCAGCCCGCACCCCAAGUGUUGAGAAACUAAACUUCCACAGUUUGUUGAGACAACUGGAAAUAACUGGAGCACGAUUCUGGUUAGACUAUGGCUAGGAUUCAAUCCAAUCGCACUUCGUCCACAAUGCGCAUUUUAAAGGCAUGUUCCCACGUUCGCAGAGACCAUAUUCAUGGUAUACGCUGCAUAUGUCAGCUUAAUCAAAGAUGACCUUUAAAUGGUGCAUUGUCCAAAUCUGCGUUCGGAUUGAAUCCCGGCCUGUGUCUUUAUUGAAAGCUCACAUAUGCUGCUCAUAUACAGAACAUCCUAAGGCUAAAAUCCAGUAUUUGUAUUGUGUUAUCGACUCAGAUGGGUAUUGAAAGAGUACAUUUUUAAUAAAAAACAUUGUACAGACGUUCAACGUUUUCUACAUAUUACAUAGUAAAUACAUUGCUGUGUAUCACAAACACUUGCCACAGAGCAUGACCAUCCCUAACCACUUCUGCUGAUGGGAAACUGAUACGUUUGAACCUAACAUAGAAAGAAAUCUCAUUUAUCAAGAGCAUUUGUGAAUAUAUGAUGCUGUCAAAAGGGUUACAGGGUAACUCUGUAUGUACAUUGUUGUAACUGUAAAAUCAUCUUCCCUCAUGUUCUUUACAAGGUACAAGGUCAUUAAAACUUGAAAUGGCUCAUUGUGUGUUUUGUGUUACAUUAUGUUAUGACAGAUCUGUAUAGUGGUCACUUUACUUACAUGUACUGUAAUGACAGUCCAGAUGAUGAUGAUUAGAGGACAGAUCAUAGCAAUUUAAUGACUGUGCUCUUGCUGCUGUGCCCUAAAAUGUUGUUACAACACCGGAACCAUUGUCGCAAAGACCAUUCCAAGUCCGAACGUAUUUCGAGCUCUGGAACGGAAGUGUUUUAAUGGGCGUGCGGAUGCAAGAAUAAUGAAUUAAUAAACGUAUUUAUUGAAUAAAAUCUGUUUAGUGAAGACAAAUAUGGCUGCAAAACGUGAAGCUGAUGUAUCGGUGCCUGCAGAGGAAAGUGAUCAGCACCUCGUUAGACCUCUGAGUUUAACCUGUUCAACACGUUGUUCGCUCGCUAACAGCACGAUGAUUGACAGCUAAAUAAUGAGUUUGUUGAAUGUUGUUCAAAGUUAUUGUCCAAAGAUGCCCCAGUGUCUUUAGCUGGCUAAAUAUGUAGCUAGCUUGCUAGUUGGUAUUUCCAAGUAAUUAGCCAACUAACUUACUAUGCAUUCUUACAAUGAGUUCUCAAGAUGCAUUUUUUGGGGGGGCUGUCAAAAUAUUGCCAUAAUGUGAGCUGUUUCUGAAUCUGUCAGAACGUCACUUUAUGUCAAAUGUCAUCAGACAGUCGACUCCUCUUUCCCUCCCACAGUGGAGCUGGUCAGGUCACGCAUCAUUCUGGAGAUGCAGGGGACCAAAACAUCAUGGUAAUGUAACACACGCAGUCAUAUUUGUCAUACAUUAAAAUGUGUGAGUCAAACUUAAAUAGAAGUAACCUGAUAAGCACAAUCUAUUUUUCCUUUGCAGCUGGACUGUGGAAUUCACCCAGGACUGGAGGGAAUGCAUGCCCUCUCCCUAUAUCAGUUUGAUCGACCUGGCUGAGAUAGACCUGCUUCUCAUCAGCAAGUGAGUCUUCCUUCCCUCUCAUAUGUUAUGUAGAAAACACAAUACACAAUAGAAAACAAGUGUUUCUUAUUGGAUAAAUCCAGGUAGUCCCUCCCUGUUUCAGAAUGGGGGAUACCUAGUCAGUUGCACAACUGAAUGCAUUCAACCAAAAUGUGUCUUCCGCAUUUAACCCAACCUUUCUGAAUCAGAGAGGUGCGGGGGGCUGCCUUAAUCGACAUCCACGUCAUCGGCGCCGGGGAGCAGUUGUUGUUGGGGGUUAAUUGCCUUGCUCAAGGGCAGAACGACAGAUUUUUACCUUGUUGGCUUGGGGAUUCGAUCUACACAGCCAUGUCUUCAGGGCAAAAAAUACAGGAUGCUGCAAUGUAGAGUCGUUAUAGAGAUGCCAUCAUCCAUUAUGGACCAUUGGGGUUCACAUGGUGUCCCUGACUGUCUCUGUUUUCCCUCCAGGUAACAUCUCUGCAGACGACAUACUGUACACAGAGACCGACUUGGAGGAGAGCAUGCUUCUUGAUAUGCCACACCUGUCAGGUGGAUGGAUAAUUUUGGCAAAGGAGAAAUGCUCACUAACAGGGAUGUAAAUAAAUUUGUGCACAAAAUUUGAGAGAAAUAAGCUUUUUGUGCGUAUGGAACAUUUCUGGGAUCUUUUAUUUCAGCUCAUGAAACAUGGGACCAACACUUUACAUGCUGCGUUUAUAUUUUUGUUCAGUAUAUAUUUAUGUUGGACAAGUUUGCUUAACACCAACAGAAAACAACUUCCAUCUCACAACAUAAUCAACUUAAAUGCGUCGCUAAUUAAAUGCAUCGCCUUCUCCAAUGUAAACAUGGCGUCUACUGGCUGUCAACAAUUAAAUAUAAGACAAAAACACCCACUUUGUUUUGUGUGAAUAUAUACAGUACCAGUCAAAAGUUUGGACACACCUACUCAUUCAAGGGUUUUUCUUUAUUUACAUUUACGUCAUUUAGCAGACGCUCUUAUCCAGAGCGGCUUACAAAUUGGUGCAUUCACCUUAUGAUAGCCAGUGGGACAACCACUUUACGAUAUAUAGGGGGUAGUAGAAGGAUUACUUUAUCCUAUCCCAGGUAUUCCUUAAAGAGGUGGGGUUUCAAGUGUCUCCGGAAGGUGGUGAGUGACUCCGCUGUCCUGGCGUCGUGAGGGAGCUUGUUCCACCAUUGGGGUGCCAGAGCAGCGAACAGUUUUGACUGGGCUGAGCGGGAACUGUGCUUCCGCAGAGGUAGGGGGGCCAGCAGGCCAGAGGUGGAUGAACGCAAUGCCCUCGUUUGGGUGUAGGGACUGAUCAGAGCCUGAAGGUACGGAGGCAAGCACCAUGGUCUUGUAGCAGAUGCGAGCUUCAACUGGAAGCCAGUGGAGUGUGCGGAGGAGCGGGGUGACGUGAGAGAACUUGGGAAGGUUGAACACCAGACGGGCUGCGGCAUUCUGGAUGAGUUGUAGGGGUUUAAUGGCACAGGCAGGGAGCCCAACCAACAGCGAGUUGCAGUAAUCCAGACGGGAGAUGACAAGUGCCUGGAUUAGGACCUGUGCUGCUUCCUGUGUUAGGCAGGGUCAACUCUGCGAAUGUUGUAGAGCAUGAACCUACAGGAUCGGGUCACCGCCUUGAUGUUAGCGGAGAACGACAGGGUGUUGUCCAGGGUCACGCCAAGGCUCUUUGCACUCUGGAAGGAGGACACAACGGAGUUGUCAACCGUGAUGGCGAGAUCAUGGAACGGGCAGUCCUUCCCCGGGAGGAAGAGCAGCUCCGUCUUGCCGAGGUUCAGCUUGAGGUGGUGAUCCGUCAUCCAUACUGAUAUGUCUGCCAGACAUGCAGAGAUGCGAUUCGCCACCUGGUUAUCAGAAGGGGGAAAGGAGAAGAUUAAUUGUGUGUCGUCUGCGUAGCAAUGAUAGGAGAGGCCAUGUGAGGAUAUGACAGAGCCAAGUGACUUGGUGUAUAGCGAGAAUAGGAGAGGGCCUAGAACUGAGCCCUGGGGGAGGGGGGGGGGGAUUCAGCAGGGAGGAGAAGGUGGCAAAGAGCUUCCUAGGGUUAGAGGCAGAUGCUUGGAAUUUAGAGUGGUAGAAAGUGGCUUUAGCAGCAGAAACAGAGGAAGAAAAUGUAGAGAGGAGGGAGUGAAAAGAUGCCAGGUCCGCAGGGAGUCUAGUUUUCCUCCAUUUCCGCUCGGCUGCCCGGAGCCCUGUUCUGUGAGCUCGCAAUGAGUCGUCAAGCAACGGAGCAGGAGGGGAGGACCGAGCCGGCCGGGGGGAUAGGGGACAUAGAGAGUCAAAGGAUGCAGAAAGGGAGGAGAGGAGGGUUGAGGAGGCAGAAUCAGGAGAUUGGAGGGAGAAGGAUUGAGCAGAGGGAAGAGAUGAUAGGAUGGAAGAGGAGAGAGUAGCGGGAGAGAGAGAGCAAAGGUUGCGACGGCGCAUUACCAUCUGAGUAGGGGCAGAGUGAGUAGUGUUGGAGGAGAGCGAGAGAGAAAAGGAUACAAAGUAGUGGUCGGAGACUUGGAGUUGCAGUGAGAUUAGUAGAAGAACAGCAUCUAGUAAAGAUGAGGUAAAGCGUAUUGCCUGCCUUGUGAGUAGGGGGGGACGGUGAGAGGGUGAGGUCAAAAGAGGAGAGGAGUGGAAAGAAGGAGGCAGAAAUAAAUUAGUCAAAGGUAGACGUAGGGAGGUUAAAGUCACCCAAAACUGUGAGGGGUGAGCCAUCCUCAGGAAAGGAACAUAUCAAGGCAUCAAGCUCAUUGAUGAACUCUCCAAGGGAACCUGGAGGGCGAUAAAUGAUAAGGAUGUUAAGCUUCAAUGGGCUAGUGACUGUGACAGCAUGGAAUUCAAAUGAGGAGAUAGAUGGGUCAGGGGAGAAAGAGAGAAUGUCCACUUGGAAGAGAUGAGGAUUCCUGUGCCACCACCACGCUGACCAGAUGCUCUCGGGGUAUGUGAUAACACAUGGUCAGACGAGGAGAGAGCAGUAGGAGUAGCAGUGUUUUCUGUGGUAAUCCAUGGUUCCGUCAGCGCCAAGAAGUCGAGGGACUGGAGGGUAGCAUAGGCUGAGAUGAACUCUGCCUUGUUGGCCGCAGAACGGCAGUUCCAGAGGCUGCCGGAGACCUGGAACUCCACGUGGGUCGUGCAUGCAGGGACCACCAGGUUAGAGUGGCAGCAGCCACGCGGUGUGUGGUGUUUGUAUAGCCUGUGCGGAGAGGAGAGAACAGGGAUAGACAGACACAUAGUUGACAGGCUACAGAAAAUGGCUACAAUAAUGCAAAGGAGAUCGGAAUGAAAUGAACUAAACAUCUGGGAAAGUGAGAGAGCGGGGCCUCCCUCACUUACGUUUCACUGAAACACUCAAAUAAAAUAAAUACUCUCCCAACUUCCACUUUAGAAAUUAUAAUUGUUGUAAACUACAGUGGUUCAAUGUUUUCUAGGAAUAGACUAACUUAGUUUAUUCAGCUAACUUGGUACAGUAUUCUUCCGUGAAAAUCGACCAGGGCACCGAAUCCUAUGACGCCAUAGCCAACUAGCAUGCCAGCCUCCAAUAACACGGUUUAGCACCAAUACUCGGUUACAACAAACCACCAGUGUGUUAACACGCAAAGCAGAUCAUUCGUGUCCGUGUCUAACGUUGUGUAAAGUUUUGGGUUAGUUUUGACCGUUUGAGUGAGUCCGUCGUCAACUUAUUCAGCCAGUUAGUUAGCUAGAAUAGUAAGCAUACUAGCUAGCCAUUGCUCUCUGCCAACGAAAAAAACCCUCCUCCCACGGCACGAACACACAAAGAGAGCCAAGCUAACGUUAACUAGUCACCCAUGUCCCGAAUUCCCUUGAACGACUCUGGUUACCAGUAUGUAAAAACAAAACACAAAUGUAGGUUAUAACUUACCCUUAGUAGCUUCUGUUAGCCAGUUAAGUGCAAAACUAGCCACUGAAUCGAUUCAGCCAGUUCGCGUCUGUUCGCUAGGUCGUUCCAGCUAUUGUCUAGUUAGCUAUCCAGGUAGCAACAAGCUAGCUACAUUUCGAGUACAGUAGCUACUAACUACCUAACGUUAACGCUUCAGAUAAUGAGGUUAGAAAAACAGCUGAAUGGUAGGAAGCUAGCUGGCAUAAUUACAGGUACUAUUAAGCGUGAAAUAACAUCGGAAACAACUAUCCACAGUUGCUAAUAGUUACCAGUAGCUACCCGCUAGCUAGUCCAGGUAGUGGGUUAGCUAGCCUCGUGCUUCACCGGGCUCAGACGAAUACAAUACUUCCCUACAAUAACCUACGAUAACCUACGAUAACUACCUAGAUAAACUACCUACAAUACCUAACUACAAUCUAAAUACAUGGUUUAAGCUUUACUCGACACCAUAUAAGCCAAGCUUACCUCCCGCCAGAGAGAGACACAACCGCAUCCGACGACAACCGCACCAACCAGUGUACUAUUUUGUGUGUACUAUUUUCUACAUUGUAGAAUAAUAGUAGAAUAAUAGUGAAUACAUCAAAACUAUUAAAUAUCACAUAUGUAAUCAUGUACAGUCGUGGUCAAAAGUUUUGAGAAUGACACAAAUAUUAAUUUUCACAAAGUCUGCUGCCUCAGUUUUUAUGAUGGCAAUUUGCAUAUACUCCAGAAUGUUAUGAAGAGUGAUCAGAUGAAUUGCAGUUAAUUGCAAAGUCCCUCUUUGCCAUGAAAAUGAACUUAAUCCCAAAAAACAUUUCCACUGCAUUUCAGCACUGCCACAAAAGGACCAGCUGACAUCAUGUCAGUGAUUCUCUCAUUAACACAGGUGAGAGUGUUGACGAGGACAAGGCUGGAGAUCACUCUGUCAUGCUGAUUGAGUUAGAAUAACGGACUGGAAGUUUUAAAAGGAGGGUGGUGCUUGAAAUCAUUGUUCUUCCUCUGUUAACCAUGGUUACCUGCAAGGAAACACGUGCCGUCAUCAUUGCUUUGCACAAAAAGGGCUUCACAGGCAAGGAUAUUGCUGCUAGUACGAUUGCACCUAAAUCAACCAUUUAUCGGAUCAUCAAGAACUUCAAGGAGAGAGGUUCAAUUGUUGUAAAGAAGGCUUCAGGGCGCCCAAGAAAGUCCAGCAAACGCCAGGACCGUCUCCUAAAGUUGAUUCAGCUGCAGGAUCGGGGCACCACCAGUGCAGAGCUUGCUCAGGAAUGGCAGCAGGCAGGUGUGAGUGCAUCUGCACGCACAGUGAGGCGAAUACUUUUGGAGGAUGGCCUGGUGUCAAGAAGGGCAGCGAGGAAGCCACUUCUCUCCAGGAAAAACAUCAGGGACAUACUGAUAUUGUGCAAAAGGUACAAUUUGGACUGCUGAGGACUGGGGUAAAGUCAUUUUCUCUUAUGAAUCCCCUUUCCGGUUGUUUGGGGCAUCCGGAAAAAAGCUUGUCCGGAGAAGACAAGGUGAGCGCUACCAUCAGUCCUGUGUCAUGCCAACAGUAAAGCAUCCUGAGACCAUUCAUGUGUGGGGUUGCUUCUCAGCCAAGGGAGUAGGCUCACUCACAAUUUUGCCUUUGACACUUAUGGAAUGCUUGUAAUUAUACUUCAGUAUACCAUAGUAACAUCUGACAAAAAUAUCUAAAAACACUGAAGCAGCAAACUUUGUGAAGACCAAUACUUGUGUCAUUCUCAAAACGUUUGACCACGACUGUAGUAUCCAAAAAAGUGUUAAACAAAUCAAUAUAUUUUUUAUAUUUGAGAUUCUUCAAAUAGCUGCCGUUUGCCUUGAUGACAGCUUUGUAGACUCUUGGCGUUAUCUCAACCAGCUUCACCUGGAAUGCUUUUCCAACAGUCUUGAAGGAGUUCCCACAUAUGCUGAGCACUUGUUGGCUGCUUUUCCUUCACUCUGCCAUCCGACUUAUCCCAAACCAUCUCAAUUGGGUUGAGGUCGGGGGAUUGUGGAUGCCAGGUCAUCUGAUGCAGCACUCCAUCAUGCUCCUUCUUGGUAAAAUAGCCCUUACACAGCCUGGAGGUGUGUUGGGUCAUUGUCCUGUUGAAAAAAAAUGAUAGUCCCACUAAGCCCAAAGCGUAUCGCUGCAGAAUGCUGUGGUAGCCGUGCUGGUUAAGUGUGCCUUGAAUUCAAAAUAAAUCACAGACAGUGUCACCAGCAAAGCACUGCCACACCAUAACACCACCUCCUCCAUGCUUUACGGUGGGAACUACACAUGCAGAGAUCAUCCGUUCACCCACACCGCGUCUCACAAAGACACGGUGGUUGGAACCAAAAAUCUCAAAUUUGGACUCAAAUUUGGAAAUUUCCACUGGUCUAAUGUCCAUUGCUCGUGUUUCUUGGCCCAAGCAGGUCUCUUCUUAUUGGUGUCCUUUAGUAGUGGUUUCUUUGUAGCAAUUCGACCAUGAAGGCCUGAUUCACACAGUCCCCUCUGAACAGUUGAUGUUGAGAUGUGUCUGACUUGAACUCUGUGAAGCAUUUAUUUGGGCUGCAAUUUCUGAGGCUGGUAACUCUAAUGAACUUAUCCUCUGCAGCAGAGGUAACUCUGGGUUGUCCAUUCCUGUGGCGGUUCUCAUGAGAGCCAGUUUCAUCAUAGCGCUUGGUUUUUGCAACUGCACUUGAAGAAACUUUUAAAGUUCUUGACAUUUUCUGGAUUGACUGACCUUCAUGUCUUAAGGUGUUGAUGGACUGUACUUUCUCUUUGCUUAUUUGAGCUGUUCUUGCCAUAAUAUGGACUUGGUCUUUUACCAAAAAGGGCUAUCUUCUGUAUACCCCCCUACCUUGUCACAACACAACUGAUUGGCUCAAAUGCAUUAAGAAGGAAAUAAAUUCCACAAAUUAACUUUUAAGAAGGCACACCUGUUAAUUGAAAUGCAUUCCAGGUGACUACCUCAUAAAGCUGGUUGAGAGAAUGCCAAGAGUGUGCAACGCUGUCAUCAAGGCAAUGGUGGCUAUUUGAAGAACCAUGUCUUGGUCACAUCGAAAGUGCGGUCUCUGGCCUUUCGAUUGUACCAAACUUUCAUUUUCGUUUGCGCCCUCUCCAGAUUCUCACUGGCAAACUCACAGGCGCAGUGCAAUUUGUAUCGAAAAGGGCUAACGUGCUCCCAACAGAUUUUGUUUUUGUGUUUAAGGUGUUGCCCUGCAACAACCUCUCUCUCAGUAAGCUCAAAUGACCUCUGACAUGAUGUCAAAACACGAGUUCAUUCGGACUAAAACCGAGAGAUUCCUGAACAAGCUCACUCGCUGCAAACAGCACAAGACGCCUUCAUCCCAGUCUGUCUCAAACUCAAAGCAGUAAGCUCUCAACAUAGACUUCAAAGUCUGAUCAAAUCUCUCAAGAGCACCUUGAAACUCUGGGUGGUAGGCACUAGAGGGGCAGUGGGUAACACCCAACUUUUGUAGCACUUGCUGGAAAACCUUUGACAUGAAAUUCUAACCUUGGUCCGACUGCACUACCUGCGGAUGUCCAAAUGUUGAAAAUAAUUUCACAAGGGCCUUAACAAUACUGGGAGCUGUGAUUUUCCUCAGUGGAAUGGCCUCAGGGAAACGAGUGACAGCACACAUAAUGGUCAAGAGAAACUGAUUACCACUCUUGGCUUUGGGCAAAGGAACAACACAAUCCACCAGAACCCUGCUGAAAGGUUUGUCAAAAGCAGGAAUCAGCUGCAAAGGUGCAACCGGUACAGCUUGGUUCUGUUUGCCCGUCCGCUGGCAAACGUGACAGGAUUUACAGUAAGACACAACAUCCUGUUUCAGACCAGAAGAAGUUAUGCAUGAUACGGUUAUACGUCUUGAUGACCCCAAGAAGGCCUGCCAUACUACCAUCGUGAGCCAACUUCAGUAUCUCUUGUCGAAGCGUAACUGGAAUGACAAUUUGAGAUACACUGGGCCAAUCCUCUUACCCAGAAGUGGCGCGAGAACACCAUUUCCUCAUUAGAACACCAUCUCUGUCAAAGUAACCCACACAAACUUCAUUUAACUCCUCCUCUGGAUGUAUCUCAGCAAAAAGAGGGGAGAGGGAAACAGCAUUACUCUAUUAUGCAAUCAUCUGCUUCCUAGACAUCGAAGUGUUAACUGUAGGGACACUCCCUUCAGUGGUCCUACAAACUCGCUCACCUUUGGGGUUUUCAAAGGAGAGGUCAACUCAGGAGGUUUAGUGAAAUCAGGAUCACCCAUAAUCACUGACAUCCUCCUCAACACUUGCUGCCGGCAACUUUCUUAGACAUAGCACGUGUAACGGCACACGCUGGGAACACGCUAGGGUACUUUUCUGAUAACCCAUCAGGUUCCUCUACUCUGGGUUCCUUACAAACUACAGGAUUUGGCACGACCUUCCCUCCAGCCAAAUCGUUUCCCAAAAUAUAUGAGACCCCCUUCAUCGGUAGGCUAGGCCUCACUCUAACGACAACAGAACCAGAAAUAAGAUCAGACUCGAGUUCCACAUUAUACAAAGGAACUUCCAUGCAACCCAUCUCCACGCCUUGUACUAACACACUGUAACCAGUUGCUGAAGUGUCAGACAAAGGCAAAACACCCUCCAAAAUGAAGGACUGGUCUGCCCCAAUGCCUCGCAGUAUCUUCACCGGCUGCUUAACAACGUCACCACUCUGCAGAGACACGAACCCAUCUGAAACAAAGGGUUCGUACACAUCUGAUCCAAAAUCUUGUUUAGCAGAUACUCUUUUUUUAUUUGAGUCAUUUAGCAGAUGCUCUUAUCCAGAGCGAUUUACAGGAGCAAUUGGGUUAAGUGCCUUGCUCAGGGGCACAUCGACAGAUUUUUCACCUAGUCAGCUCGGGAUUCAAACCAGCAACCUUUCGGUUACCGGCCCAACGCGCUUAACCGCUAGGCUACCUGCCGCCCUACACCAAUCUUAAUGGGCUGCAGUGCUCCCACAAGAAGAAACAGCUUUUUCUCUCAUUCCAUGUGUCCUUUCUCACGGCAGUAAUGACAAACUGGCGGAUACGAAAAACCAGUUUAUCACUUUAUCUUUAACCUUGCAGUAGGAGGUGACUUCUCUGGAUUGCUUUUUGCGUAGGGAUAACUACUGGGUGCUUUGUUUAUGAAGGUAGCAUUAUGUGUUAACACAAACUCAUCUGCAAGAAUUGCAGCUUUCUCAAUAUUGAGAUCCUUAUGCUCAUAAAUGUAGGUCGCAACCCUUUUUUGAAGGCAAUUCUUGAACUGCUCGAGAAGUAUGAAUGUCUUUAAAUCCUUGACCUCUUCAGAACCACACCACCGAUCAAAAAUACAUGCUUGCGAACUUAACAUGGCUUUGUGAUUCUGUCUUUCGUAAUUUACACAACUGUUGUCUGUAUGCCUCUGGGACCAACUCGUAAGCACGAAGGAUAGCAGCUUUAAUAGUGUCAUAAUCUGAACUCUGGUCAAGAGAUACUUUCUGAGCUUUUCCCACAAGAACACUUUGGAGGAGCAGUGACCAAAUAUCUUGUGGCCAUUUUAGGGAUGUGGCAAUCCACUUAAACAGAGUAAAAUAUACAUCCACCUCCUUUUCAUUGAAAGGCGGUACAAGUCGGCUGUUCCAACCAAGAGCAAACUCUGUUGAGGGUACAGGAUGGCCUGACUGGAUUCGGAGUGCUUCCAGAUCUAUCUUUCAAUCGAAUGGCAUGCUCCAGUUCCUGUUCCCUUUCCUUGUGCUCAAGCUCUAAUUUAUGUUGCUCCAAUCUCUCCUCAUGUUCUCUUUCCUUUUCCUUGUGCUCAAAUUUCUGUUGUUCCCAUUUUGCCUUUAGUUCUAACUCUUGCAGUUGCAUGUCUACAGGACUCACCCUACUACCCAUAGGAUCCUUUUCAUCAACCUCCCUCUCCGGAAGGAUUUCUUCCUCCACCAAAGCAGUACUGAUCAACUCUUUGACUACUGCUUUUGGAUCGCCAGAUGCCACCUUGAUGUCAUAAUGCUUUGCAAUGACAAGCAGAUUCGCCUUUGUACAUUUAUCUAGCAUCUCCCACGUAGGGUUUUCCACAAAUGCUUCUAACUUAAGUCCAUGGCUUUAUUCUAUUAGCCUGUGUGUUUCUGCAACUUUCCAAUCGUAUAACCCCUCAGUGUCUUCUGGACACUCAAAUAUCCGGACAAAGCAGAGCUUAAGAGUAGGUGAAUCGAGCGACUACCAUACUCAUGGGAAACAAGAUCCCGGACGAGCCCCCAUUUUGUUAUGUUCCCCAUCAAGAAAACAAAAAAUGUCGCUCAAACAGAAGAGAGAACUAACAAAGAGUCACUGACAACAACCAAAACAAAACAGGUGGGGUUUUAGGAGGGGUUCUGAAAGACACGGGGGUGUCCACUGAAAGUUGACUAGCAUAGCAACAACAUCAGCAACCUAAAAGACACCCACCAUGAGCACCCACUAAAUUUGCCCAAGAAGAGGCAAACAAAAGGAAAAACCCACACCAAACUUAAAGACAGGAAGCAAACCAAAAAGUUGGAGCAAAACAAAAUCAGACUAAGGAAUGUUUUUCUAGAAAUCAAAUAGGGAGAUCCAACUAAAAGUGUUGACCAUGCACAUCUCUCAAGACAACUGGAGCACUGGGCCUGCACAGGUGAAACACCUUCCCACUAACGAGAUUGCAACCAGCACAGGUGUAACACACACUGACUAACAAGGUGACACCAAUUGAUGCGCCCUACAUGCUAACAAGCUAUACGUGCUCAAAUUCAACCUCAAAACAUAAAUGAAAAAACCAACGCCUGUAACAGCAGCCACGUAGUUGUGGGAGUACAGGGGGGCCCCUGUGUUGAGGGUCAGUGUGGCAGAUGUGUUGUUGCCUACCCUCACCACCUGGUGGCGGCCCGUCAGGAUGUCCAGGAUCCAGUUGCAGAGUGUUCAGUCCCAGGGUCCUUAGCUUAGUGAUGAGCUUGUAGGGCACUAUGGUGUUGAAUGCUGAGCUGUAGUCAAUGAACAGCAUUCUCACGUAGGUGUCCCUUUUGUCCAGGUGGGAAAGGGCAGUGUGGAGUGCAAUAGAGAUUGUGUCAUCUGUGGAUCUGUUGGGGCGCUAUGUGAAUAGGAGUGGUCCAGGGUUUCUGGGAUGAUGGUGUUGAUGUGAGCCAUUACCAGACUUUCAAAGCAUUUCAUGGUUACAGUGAGUGCUACGUGACGGUAGGCAUUUAGGCAGGUUACCUUGGCGUUCUUGAGCACAGGGACUAUGGUGGUCUGCUUGAAACAUGUACAGUUGAAGUCGGAAGUUUACAUACACUUAGGUCGGAGUCAUUAAAACUCGUUUUUCAACCACUCCACAAAUUUCAAAAACUAUAGUUUUGGCAAGUUGGUUAGGACAUCUACUUUGUGCAUGACACAAGUAAUUUUUCCAACAGACAGAUUAUUUCACUUGUAAUUAACUGUAUCACAAUUCCAACCGUGAAGCACGGGGGUGGCAGCAUCAUGCUGUGGGGGUGCUUUGCUGCAGGAGGGACUGGUGCACUUCACAAAAUAGAUGGCAUCAUAAGGAAGGAAAAUUAUGUGGAUAUAUUGAAGAAACAUCUCAAGACAUCAGUCAGGAAGUUAAAGCUUGGUCGCUGUAGUGUCUAAACAAUUUAUGACUUUGCUGACGUUUGCAAAUGGUGUGUUAGAGGAUGUUGACUCAGCUUGAGGAAGCAUCUGGAGAGCAUUUCUAUAGGGGCACCCUAAAACAGAGGAAGUCUGUUAUGUGGCGUCCUGGGAUUGGUCUGUAGGGGAAACCACCCAUACCAUGUCACAGAUUAUAAAUACUAUGGUUGGGACAUAGGAGGGUAGUAACAACAUAUUAAAAGAUUGGGCCGGUUGUUCUCCAGAUGUCUGCAGAAGUCUGUAAAUUGGCGCUGAAAUCUUCAAUGUAAUAAAACUAUUAUAAUUGAGGACAGUGUCAGCGGAUUCCUUGUUCUCACAGCAUAAUCAGCAUCAUUAUUUAGUUACCACAUCGCAAAUGAGUCUUCCAAAUGGACAAUGACCCCAAUCAUACUUACAAAGUUGUGGCAAAAUGGCUUAAGGACAACAAAGUCAAGGUAUUGGAGUGGCCAUCACAAAGCCCUGACCUCAAUCCUAUAGAAAAUGUGUGCAGAACUGAAAAAGUGUAUGCGAGCAAGGAGGCCUACAAACCUGACUCAGUUACACCAGCUCUGUCAGGAGGAAUGGGCCAAAAUUCACCCAACUUAUGGUGGGAAGCUUGUGGAAGGCUACCCGAAACGUUUGACCCAAGUUGAACAAUUUAAAGGCAAUGCUACCAAAUACUAAUUGAGUGUAUGUAAACUUCUGACCCACUGGGAAUGUGAUGAAAGAAAUAAAAGCUGAAAUAAAUCAUUCUCUCUACUAUUAUUCUGACAUUUCACAUUCUUAAAAUAAAGUGGUCAUCCUAACUGACCUAAGAAAGGGAAUUCUUACUAGGAUUAAAUGUCAGGAAUUGUGAAAAACUGAGUUUAAAUGUAUUUGUCUAAGGUGUAUGUAAACUUCUGACUUCAACUGUAGGUAUUACUGAUUGGGUCAGGGAGAGGUUGAAAAUGUCAUUGAAGACACGUACGAGCUGGUCAGCGCAUGCUCUGGAAAUCGCGUCUUGGUAAUCCAUCUAGCCCUGCAGCCUUGUGAAUGUUAACCUGUUUUACUCAUAUUGGCUACGGAGAGCGUGAUCACACAGUCGUCCGGAACAGCUGUGUUACUUGCCUCGAAGCGAGCAUAGAAGGAAUUUAGCUCGUUUGGUUGGCUCGCAUCACUGGGCAGCUCGCGACUGGGUUUCCCUUUGUAAUCCGUGAUAGUUUACAAGCCCUGCUACAUCCGACGAGCAUCAGAGUCGGUGUAGUAGGAUUCGAUCUUAGUCCUGUAUUGACGCUUUGCCUGUUUGAUGGUUCGUCGGAGGGUGUAGUGGGAUUUCUUAUAAGCGUCCGGAUUAGUGUCCCGCUCCUUGAAAGCGGCAGCUCUAGCCUUUAGCUCAAUGCAGAUGUUGCCUGUGCGGCUGGACUUCUAGUUGGGAUAUGUACGUACGUACGGUCACUGUGGGGACGACGUCGUCGAUGCACUUAUUAAUGAAGUCGGUGGCUGAUGUGGUAAACUCCUCAAUGCCAUUGGAUGAAUCUCAGAACAUAUGCCUGUGUGUGUGUGUUCCAAUCUGUGCUAGUAAAACAGUCCUGUAGCUUAGCAGCCGCUUCAUUUGACCACUUCAGUAUUGAGCGUGUCACUGUUACUUCCUGUUUGAGUUUUUGCUUGUAAGCAGCAAUCAGGUGGAUACAGUUAUGGUCAGAUUUGCCAAAUGGAGCUUUGUAUGAGUCUCUGUGUAAAGGUGAUCUAGAGUUUUCUUUCCUCUAGUUGCACACUGGUAGAAAUGAAAUCAAACGGAUUUCAGUUUUCCUGCAUUCAAGUCCUCAGCCACUAGGAGCAUUUACUGUUUUGCUUAUGGCUUUAUACAGCUCGUUGAGUGCAGUCUUUGUGCCAGCAUCGGUUUGUGGUGGUAAAUACAGCUAUGAAAAAUAUAGUUAAACUCUCUCUGUAAAUAGUGUGGUCAACAGCUUAUCAUGAGGUACUCUAUCUCAUGCGAGCCAAACCUUGAGACUUCCUUAAUAUUAGAGAUCACGCACCAGCUGCUGUUGACAAAGGCUGCUCUUCUGUCUUGCCCAUGCAUGGAAAACCCAGCUAAAUACACUGAACAAAAAUAUAAACGCAACAUGUAAAGUGCUGGUCCCAUGUAAAGUGCUGGCCGGCCAGAUAGCUAGGUCCGGCCGGGCCAGAUAGCUAGGUCCGGCCGGCCACAUAGGUCCAGAUAGCUACGGCCGACCAGACAGCUAGGUCAAAUAGGUAGGUCCGGCCGGCUGGCCAGAUAGCUAGGUCCGGCCGGCCAGAUAGGUAGGUCCGGCCGGCCAGAUAGCUGGGUCCAGCCGGCAGGCCGGACCUAGCUAUCUGGCCAGUCUGCCGGUCGGACCCAGUUGUAAGUAUAUACGGAAUAGGGUGCCAUAUUUGACAUAACCACUGUCCACCUCUGAUUGUUUUCAAAAAUCUUCACUGUAAAUAGCUGUCAUUUCUAACCAGGCCCUGGACUUAUUCCUGGUUACAUUACACGGCCAGGAAAACCUCCUGGUUUUACCUACAAGUCAUUUAAUUUGUGCACCUACUUGUAUUUUCUGUUAUCUUUUAGGAUAUGUGGAGGAAGUGGAAUAUGCAGAGAACAUCACACUGGUGCAUGAGGCUGGCAUGGUGGUGUGGAGGUCAGAUACUACUUACCACUGUUCCACUAAUUAACAAGUUAUUGUAUUGUGUAUUUAUGUGUUGUUUGGGGGGAUGUAUUGUAAUGAUGUCUGGGGAAUAAUGUCUGUCAUGUACUGUAUUGUUUAUCUGGAGGGUGUUGUGUUGAUUAUGAUACCUGUAAAUGACAUGCCAUUCUUAGUUGGCCCAGAGGGGAUAAAUAAAGUUGCAUUGAAUUGAAAUUGAGUAUGAUUAAAGUGUGUGAGCAUUAGCUAACUUGUAUUGCUGCUGUGUGUGCAGUGGAUCGCCAACCCUCUGAAUGACAUGUAUGCUGAUGCAAUCACCACAGUGUUUCUGGAGGUCCAGUCUAGAGGUCUUCACAGGUGCAAAAAGUUGGAUCUGUUCCGAAAUGGACCUGGGGCUUUCCCACCCAAACCCGAUAUGCAUAAAUUAUUUUUUUAAAUAUAGAGACCCGUUCCAAACGGACCAGAGGACAACUAGACCCGUUCCGUAUAUACCUGGUCGGAUCCAGACCCGGUCCGAUCUGAUCCGAGUGACGGAAGCAGCAGAAAAGUCAUUUUUUAAGCUACUUUAUUAACCAGAACUGAUAAAGCGUGAGAGGAGGGAGAAAGGUGCCGCUCUAGCAGGCGGGGGAGGGGCCGUACUGUGAGUGAGUGACACAGGGAGAAGGGAGGGAGAGACGAGAGACAGCAACCAACCUAGCCAACUCACUCUAUAAUAGACUAAUAACUGUCAUAGCGAGGUUAUUUAUCAUCAAAUAUGAUUAUGUAGUACCUGUCUUGACUGCAUCAAACCGGGAGAAGCUAGUUAAGCUAGCUAACGAUACCUAGCUAGGCUAAUUGAGGCUGCAGUGCAUGCGCUUUUUCCAACCUACAAAUAAUAACUCCAUUCAGAAUAUUAAGUAGCAGCCUACCUGUUGGCUCUUGGUCGUUGUAGCCUAUACUUCUCCUUUAACUUUUAAUUCCAUCUUCCAUUAUUUAGAUAUCUCCUAACUUUUGCCAUACACGGAGGCUCUAUGACUGUAGAAUAUUGCCGCUUUGAUGACUUAUGAUUGUAACUUCUGUGUCAGUCAACCAGCUCCUUUGUUGUUGAACGUGACUUGCCAUUCCAUAAUGGGUGCGGUGGCUACUGCUAGCUAGCAGGAGGAUGAAAAGGGCAGUUUUCCAGGAAAAUUAGCAGUAUUUCAAUCUUCUCGAUGGAGCAGUAUGCCACAGUACAGUGGCAUAUCCCAUCCCUGCAUUAAGGUACAUUUCCAACCCAUAUCUCGCGCCGGCUCCACGGUGUCUUAAUGCAACUAUGAUUGCUUUCCGACCUCAGUGCAGCUCAGUGUAAACAAGUGAAACGGUAGGGUCGGUUUCUUCUGCAAAACACACCCCCUGUUCCCUAACAGUAUCACCCAGAGGUACUUGUACCCUUUCCUUUACUGACAGUGUAGUACUGUCUAUUCAAUGUGUAUUUGAAACAUUUUCCAUAUUAUAUUAAUUGAUAUUUGUAAUAGCCAGGCAAUGAUUACAGUGGAUAUUUACUACACAUUAUCCAGUACUAGUAUUGUAAUGAUCCAAACAGGCAAUGUAAUGUCAUGAAACAUUGCCCCCUAUGUUUAAUUUGUCUGUAAUUCUAGCUGCCUUAACUUAAGUGAUUCAAAAGGAAUCAACCUCCAUUGACUUAUGUUGAAUUUUCAAUAUGCAGACUUUGUAUAUCUGCAAUAUUCAUUGCAUUGAUAAAUGAUCAAAUAAUUUUUUUUAAAUAAAGGUCUAUGCUGGACACAUUUUUGUGACCUUUAUUAAUUUAGCAGGUGUAUAAAGUAGUUAUUUCUGUGAGGCAAAGCUGUACAUUUGUUAAACAUUGACAAGUGCAACAAUGUGAGCAAUUUAAUAAUAAAAAGGGUACAUUUCACAGGGGCCAACAACUUCACAUAAAACACAAUGAUAGUGUUCUGACUGAUGUCUCUGAAGUUUUAAUAUAUAGUCACUAUAACCUCUGAAGGCUACCUGCCUGUGGCAUGAUACAAGUUAAUCACACAUCCGAUAUGGUUGAUGUAGGAGGCUUAUGGGGCAUUCUUUCAUCCAGAUCAAAGAUGUGAGACCAUAAAAUAAUCACAAAGAAAUUCAGAAAUAUCAGGGGGAUUUUGGGAGAAGUACAAUGUAAACAAAAUAAAAGCAUAACACGUCGGUGAGAUAACGUCGCUAGCAGAUCACAAUGAAACAACAAAGAAAAUACCACAGACAAGGUUAUGUUCAUUAGCUUAUGCAGUAUGCAUGCACCGUGUGGGGAAAGAUAGAAUAGGGUCGUGAUCAAAAGGCAGGAAACAAGAACAUACUUUUUUUUGUGUGCUUCUUGCCCAAUAAGAAAUGUUCAGGAGGGAGGGGGUUCCGUAAUGCAGGUUUUCCCAAACUCGGUCCUGGGCCCCCACGUUUUGUUUUUUCCCUAGCACUACACAGCUGAUUCAAAUAACCAACUCAUUAUCAAGCUAUUAUUUGAAUCAGCUGUGUAGUGCUGGGGCAAAAACCAAAACGUGCACUCGGGGGGGGCCCCAGGACCAAGUUUGUGAAACCCUGCCCUAAUGAACACAACCCAGGGCAGGUCAACUGACCCCCCCCCCCCCCCCCCCCAAAUCAUGGUAGCAUCCACAUUCAUGUAGAAGUGUUUAGAAACAUAUUCUAUUAAUGGGGGAUUUAUAGCAUGUUGAUAUGCCAGGCUGUACAGGUCUGUAUAUGUUCAAAAACACAUCAAUAUGACCUGGUCAUCGCAGCAACAGUUUGCGAUUUGUUAUUAGUCAGGCACUACAAUUCAUACAGAAAAUUCUAGAAUUGAUUGUCAAUCUUUCAUAGAAUAAACCAUGUUGAUUUAUCAUUUCUGUUUAUAAGAAUAUGGCUUUUCAAUGCUUAAUAGGUUUAAUUUUAGCUCUGUGGGUACUUUCAACUGAAUUCCUAUUUUCAACUGAAGCUGCUCUCCAACUCCAUAUAAUACAUUAUAUAACUGUCAGCCCACAUAUUCUGUCCUACACAAGUCCUGCUUGUUCUACUUUGCGGUCUGCCCUUCAGUGCUGACUGAGUGAGCAUCCUCUCCCACUCUACAGUGAGGGGAAAAAAGUAUUUGAUCCCCUGCUGAUUUUGUACGUUUGCCCACUGACAAAGACAUGAUCAGUCUAUAAUUUUAAUGGUAGGUUUAUUUGAACAGUGAGAGACCGAAUAACAACAAAAAAAUCCAGAAAAACACAUGUCAAAAAUUUUAUAAAUUGAUUUGCAUUUUAAUGAGGGAAAUAAGUAUUUGACCCCUCUGCAAAACAUGACUUAGUACUUGGUGGCAAAACCCUUGUUGGCAAUCACAGAGGUCAGACGUUUCUUGUAGUUGGCCACCAGGUUUGCACACAUCUCAGGAGGGAUUUUGUCCCACUCCUCUAUGCAGAUCUUCUCCAAAUCAUUAAGGUUUCGAGGCUGACGUUUGGCAACUCGAACCUUCAGCUCCCUCCACAGAUUUUCUAUGGGAUUAAGGUCUGGAGAUUGGCUAGGCCACUCCAGGACCUUAAUGUGCUUCUUCUUGAGCCACUCCUUUGUUGCCUUGGCCGUGUGUUUUGGGUCAUUGUCAUGCUGGAAUACCCAUCCACGACCCAUUUUCAAUACCCUGGCUGAGGGAAGUAGGUUCUCACCCAAGAUUUGACGGUACAUGGCCCCGUCCAUCGUCCCUUUGAUGCGGUGAAGUUGUCCUGUCCCCUUAGCAGAAAAACACCCCCUAAGUAUAAUGUUUCCACCUCCAUGUUUGACGGUGGGGAGGGUGUUCUUGGGGUCAUAGGCAGCAUUCCUCCUCCUCCAAACACGGCGAGUUGAGUUGAUGCCAAAGAGCUCCAUUUUGGUCUCAUCUGACCACAACACUUUCACCCAGUUCUCCUCUGAAUUAUUGAGAUGUUCAUUGGCAAACUUCAGACGGCCCUGUAUAUGUGCUUUCUUGAGCAGGGGGACCUUGCGGGCGCUGCAGGAUUUCAAUCCUUCACGGCGUAGUGUGUUACCAAUUGUUUUCUUGGUGACUAUGGUCCCAGCUGCCUUGAGAUCAUUGACAAGAUCCUCCCGUGUAGUUCUGGGCUGAUUCCUCACCGUUCUCAUGAUCAUUGCAACUCCACGAGGUGAGAUCUUGCAUGGAGCCCCAGGCCGAGGGAGAUUGACAGUUCUUUUGUGUUUCUUCCAUUUGCAAAUAAUCGCACCAACUGUUGUCACCUUCUCACCAAGCUGCUUGGCGAUGGUCUUGUAGCCCAUUCCAGCCUUGUGUGGGUCUACAAUCUUGUCCCUGACAUCCUUGGAGAGCUCUUUGGUCUUGGCCAUGGUGGAGAGUUUGGAAUCUGAUUGAUUGUUUGCUUCUGUGGACAGGUGUCUUUUAUACAGGUAACAAGCUGAGAUUAGGAGCACUCCCUUUAAGAGUGUGCUCCUAAUCUCAGCUCAUUACCUGUAUAAAAGACACCUGGGAGCCAGAAAUCUUUCUGAUUGAGAGGGGGUCAAAUACUUAUUUCCCUCAUUAAAAUGCAAAUCAAUUUAUAACAUUUUUUACAUGCGUUUUUCUGGAUUAUUUUGUUGUUAUUCUGUCUCUCACUGUUCAAAUAAACCUACCAUUAAAAUUAUAGACUGAUCAUUUCUUUGUCAGUGGGCAAAUGUACAAAAUCAGCAGGGGAUCAAAUACUUUUUUCCCUCACUCAAGUGUGUGCCUUUCCAAAUCAUGUCCAAUUGAAUUUACCACAGGUGGACUCCAAUCAAGUUGUAGAAACAUCUCAAGGAUGAUAAAUGGAAACAGGAUGCACCUGAGCUCAAUUCGAGUCUGAUAGCAAAGGGUCUGAAUACUAAUGUAAAUAAAUAUAUUUCUGUUUUUAAUUUUUAAUACAUUUACAAAAAAUUGUACAAACCUGUUUUCGCUUUGUCAUUAUGGGGUAUUGUGUGUAGAUUGAUGAUGAAACAAAUUAAUUUAAUCAAUUUUCAAAUAAGGCUGUAACGUAACAAAAUGUGGAAAAAGUCAAGGGGUCUGAAUACUUUCCGAAUGCACUGUAGCUAUUAAAUUCUACUGUGCAAAAUAUACUGUGCGUUAUAGGGAAAUAAUGCACGCUCUAGAAUGCCCUUCAAGCCAAUCAGAAACUAGUAUUAUAGCCUAUUAUUAUAACAUGAUUAUUAUGACUAUGCACUCUGCAAUGAAAAAUAAAAAUAUAACUUAAGUCAAGAACAGUCAUCUGUCAUCUCUAGAGUGCAGUUUUUUACACUGGUUUUUGGAUGAUUAUUAUGAAUAAUUCAGAUGGUUAAACAUACUGCUCACCAAAAGCUUAUUUUCGUCCCAGACAUCCUUGCCCUCCACGGGACAUACCUUCAUGUUGAAGUGGGCGCCCCCUGGAGAUACGCGAGUGGGGUGCUUCUCAAUGAUGAUCUUCAUAUGAAUAUUAGAGAUUGAAAAUGAUGGGAAGGAAGAACCAACAGUGGUGUAUGACCUGACGAAGAUCCAACUCGGAUCGAAACGUUCUCUUUAUUGUGUGUCUGAUUAAAUCACCAUGGGAGCGUACCAGAGUUGCGGAUAUUCCUUUGUUAUUUGAUACGUUCUUCUGUCCUGCACCUGUUGGAUGUGCAUAUCUUUCUCAUUUUUCUAAGGAAGAACCAUCUAUCAUUAAUCACACCUCAUGGGAAAGACAGUGAUCAUCUGUUCCGGCAGCAUGGCACCGCAGUAGUGCUGCAGUCCACCGAGCACACAUUGUCCAGGAGGGACAUGGGCUGGAAUCCUACCCCAUCCACUUUCUUCCCUCCUCAUCUACAUUCCUACUCUACCCUGCACCUUAGAGACUGUUGUCCUAUGUACAUAGAGUCAUUGAACACUGGUCACUUUAAUAAUGUUUACAUACUGUUUUACCCACUUUAUAUGUAUAUGCUGUUUUCGAGUCAUGGCUCAUUCUAUAUAACUACUGCUGUACACACCUUUUCCAAUCAUAUCCUGUCCAUACUGUCUAUACACACCAUUUAUAUACAGUACCACUCAAAAGUUUGGACACACCUACUCAUUCAAGGGUUUUUCUUUAUUUUACUAUUUUCUACAUUGUAGAAUAAUAGUGAAGACAUCAAAACUAUGAAAUAACACAUAUGGAAUCAUGUAGUAACCAAAAAAGUGUUAAACAAAUCAAAAUAUAUUUAAUAUUUUAUAUUCUUCAAAUUAGCCACCCUUUGCCUUGAUGACAGCUUUGCACACUCUUGGCAGUGCAUGUCAGAGCAAAAACCAAGCCAUGAGGUCGAAGGAACUGUCCGUAGAGCUCCGAGACAGGAUUGUGUCGAGGCACAGAUCUGGGGAAGGGUACCAAAACAUUUUGGCAGCAUUGAAGGUCCCCAAAACCACAGUGGCCUCCAUCAUUCUUAAAUGAAAGAUGUUUGGAACCACCAACACUCUUCCUAGAGCUGGCCGCCCGGCCAAACUGAGAAAUCGGGGGAGAAGGGCCUUGGUCAGGGAGGUGACCAAGAACCCGAUGUUCACUCUGACAGAGCUCCAGAGUUCCUCUGUGGAGAUGGGAGAACCUUCCAGAAAGACAAUCAUCUCUGCAGCACUCCACCAAUCAGGCCUUUAUGGUAGAAACAAGAUUCUCUGGUCUGAUGAAACCAAGAUUAAACUCUUUGGCCUGAAUGCCAAGUGUCACAUCUGGAGGAAAGCAGUGAGGGAUAGUGGUGGAAGCAUCAUGCUGUGGGGAUGUUUAUCAGCGGCAGGGACUGGGAGACUAGUCAGGAUUGAGGGAAAGAUGAACGGAGCAAAGUACAGAGAGAUCCUUGAUGAAGUCCUGAGCGCUCUGGAGCAGGUUCUCAGACUGGGGCGAAGGUUUACCCUCCAACAGGACAACGACCCUAAGCACACAGCCAUGACAACGCAGAAGUGGCUUCAGGACAAGUCUCUGAAUGUCCUUGAGUGGCCCAGCCAGAGCCCGGACUUGAACUCGAUCGAACAUCUCUGGAGAGACCUGAAAAUAGUUGUGCAGUGACGCUCCCCAUCCAACCUGACAGAGCUUGAGAGGAUCUGCAGAGAAGAAUGGGAGAAACUCCCCAAAUACAGGUGUGCCAAGCUUGUAGCGUCAUACCUAAGAAUACUUGAGGCUGUAAUCGCUGCCAAAGGUGCUUCAACAAAGUACUGAGUAAAGGGUCUGAAUACUUAUGUAAAUGUGAUAUUUACGUUUUAUUUAUUUUUUAUAAAUUAGCUAAAUUAAACAAAACAAAAACUGUUUUUGCUUUGUCAUUAUGGGGUAUUGUGUGUAGAUUGAUGAGGGGAAAAACAAUUGAAUCAAUUUUAGAAUAAGGCUGUAACGUAACAAAAUGUGGAAAAAUUCUAGGGGUCUGAAUACUUUCCGAAUGCACGGCAUAGACAAACGUAUGUGGACUCCCCUUCAAAUUAGUGGAUUCGGCUAUUUCAGCCAAACCCGUUGCUGAAAGUUGUAUAAAAUCGAGCACACAGCCAUGUUGGCAGUAGUCUGCGCUCCAGCAGGGAUAUCUCACUGGUCAUCCCCAAAGCCAAUACCUCCUUUGGCCGCCAUUCCUUCCAGUUCUCUGCUGCCAAUGACUGGAACGAACUGCAAAAAUCUCUGAAGCUGGAGACACUUAUCUCCCUCACUAACUUUAAGCGUCAGUAUUCAGAGCAGCUUACCGAUCACUGCACCUGUACAUAGCCAUUCUGAAAUUAGCCCACCCAACUACCUCAUCCCCAUAUUGUUAUUUAUUUUGCACCCCAGUAUCUCUAUUUGUACAUCAUCUUUUGCACAUCUAUCAUUCCAGUGUUAAUACGAAAUUGUAACUAUUUUGCACUAUGGCCUAUUUAUUGCCUUACCUCCAUAACUUACUACAUUCGCACACACUGUAUAUAUAUUUUCUGUUGUAUUUUUGACUUUAUGUUUUGUUUACCCCAUAUGUAACUCUGUGUUGUUGUUUUUAUCACACUGCUUUGCUUUAUCUUGGCCAGGUCGCAGUUGUAAAUGAGAACUUGUUCUCAACUGGCUUACCUGGUUAAAUAAAGGUGAAAAAAAAGAAAAAGGCCUUACUGAAGAGUUUCCAACAAGUCAGUUCGUCAAAUUUCUGCCCUGCUAGAGCUGCCCUGGUCAACUGUAAGUGCUGUUAUUGUGAAGUGGAAACAUCUAGGAGCAACAACGGCUCAGCUGCGAAUUGGUAGGCCACACAAGCUCACAGAACGGGACCGCAGAGUGCUUAAGCGCGUAAAGAAUGUCUGUCCUCGGUUGCAACAUUCACUACAGAGUUCCAAACUGCCUCUGGAAACAACAUCAGCACAAGAACUGUUCGUCGGGAGCUUCAUGAAAUGGGUUUCCAUGGCUUAGCAGCCGCACACAAGCCUAAGAUCACCAUGCGCAAUGCCAAAUGUUGGCUGGAGUGGCGUAAAGCUUGCCGCCAUUGGACUCUGGAGCAGUGGAAACGCGUUCUCUGGAGUGAUGAAUCACGCUUCACCAUCUGGCAGUCCGACGGACUAAUCUGGGUUUGGCGGAUGCCAGGAAAACACUACCUGCCCGAAUGCAUAGUGCCAACUGUUAAGUUUGGAGGAGGAGGAAUAAUGGUCUGGGGCUAGGCCCCUUAGUUCCAGUGAAGAUCAAUCUUAACUCUACACCAUACAAUGACAUUCUAGACGAUUCUGUGCUUCCAACUUUGUGACAACAGUUUUGGGAAGGCCCUUUCUUGUUUCAGCAUGACAAUGUCCCCGUGCAGAAAGCGAGGUCCAUACAGAAAUGGUUUGUCGAGAUCAGUGUGGAAGAACUUAACUUGACUGGCCUGCACAGAGCCCUCAACCCCAUCGAACACCUUUGGGAUGAAUUGGAACCACGACUGCGAGCCAGGCCUAAUCGCCUAACAUCAGUGCUCGACCUCACUAAUGCUCUUGUGGCUGAAUGGAAGUCCCCGGAGCAAUGUUCCAACAUCUAGUGGAAAGCCUUCCCAGAAGAGUGGAGGUUGUUAUAGCAGCAAAGGGGGGACCAACUCCAUAUUUUGGAAUUUUACAUUUACAUUUUAGUCAUUUAGCAGACGCUCUUAUCCAGAGCGACUUACAGUUUAGUGAGAGCAUACAUUUUCAUACUGGCGCCCCGUGGGAAACGAACCCACAACCCUGGCGUUGCAAGCGCCAUGCUCUACCAACUGAGCUACAGGGAAUGAGAUGUUCGACGAGCAGGUGUCCACAUACUUUUGGUCAUGUAGUGUAUAUUCCGGACUCGUUCUGACAUUGCUCGUUCUGAUCUAAUUGAUUAAUUUUGGGGGGGGAUUAUGUGUGUAUUGUUAUUAUCUUGCUAGAUAUUACUGCACUGUUGCAGCUAGAAACAUUAGCAUUUUGCUGCACCUGCGAUAACAUCUGCAAAUUUGUGUACGCGACCAAUAAACUUUGAUUUGAUUAAUCUACAUUACAAACUGUCAAAUCAAGUGAAAAUACGGAAGGAGAACGAUUCUCCUUAAGAAAACAAGGGAAAAAAUACAAUGAUCAUCUAAGAGGUGUAACCUAUCCUGGUUCAUCAGCCUGUUGCAGCUAGCUCACCUGUUGGAUCUGAACACCUUAUCCUUCAUUACAUUUACAUUUACAUUUUAGUCAUUUAGCAGACGCUCUUAUCCAGAGCGACUUACAGGAGCAAUUAGGGUUAAGUGCCUUGCUCAAGGGCACAUUUACGUCAUUUAGCAGACGCUCUUAUCCAGAGCGACUACAAAUUGGUGCAUUCACCCUAUAGCCAGUGGGAUAACCACUUUACAAUUAUACUUUUUUUUUUGUUUUUUUUUGGGGGGGGGGGGUGGAAGGAUUACUUUAUCCUAUCCCAGGUGUUCCUUAAAGAGGUGGGGUUUCAAAUGUCUCCGGAAGGUGGUGAGUGACUCCGCCGUCCUGGCGUCGUGAGGGAGCUUGUUCCACCAUUGGGGUGCCAGAGCAGCGAACAGUUUUGACUGGGCUGAGCGGGAACUAUGCUUCCGCAGAGGAAGGGGAGCCAGCAGGCCAGAGGUGGAUGAACGCAAUGCCCUCGUUUGGGUGUAGGGACUGAUCAGAGCCCGAAGGUACGGAGGUGCCGUUCCCCUCACUGCUCCAUAGGCAAGCACCAUGGUCUUGUAACGGAUGCGAGCCUCAACUGGAAGCCAGUGGAGUGUGCGGAGGUGGGGGGUGACGUGAGAGAACUUGGGAAGGUUGAACACCAGACGGGCUGCGGCAUUCUGGAUGAGUUGUAGGGGUUUAAUGGCACAGGCAGGGAGCCCAGCCAACAGCGAGUUGCAGUAAUCCAGACGGGAGAUGACAAGUGCCUGGAUUAGGACCUGUGCCGCUUCCUGUGUAAGGCAGGGUCGUACUCUCCGAAUGUUGUAGAGCAUGAACCUGCAGGAUCGGGUCACCGCCUUGAUGUUAGCGGAGAACGACAGGGUGUUGUCCAGGGUCACGCCAAGGCUCUUCGCACUCUGGGAGGAGGACACAACGGAGUUGUCAACCGUGAUGGCGAGAUCAUGGAACGGGCAGUCCUUCCCCGGGAGGAAGAGCAGCUCCGUCUUGCCAGGGUUCAGCUUGAGGUGGUGAUCCGUCAUCCAUACUGAUAUGUCGGCCAGACAUGCAGAGAUGCGAUUCGCCACCUGGUUAUCAGAAGUCAUCAUCCCACCACGUCGUCCUAUAGAUGUCAUCCACACGGUCAAUCAGCUCAAUCUGCCCGACCAAUCACAUCAGUGAGAAUGUAAAUGGUGUUUUUCACAUGCAACCAUCAAGCCAAAGACUACCCCACACGACAUUGGGUCGCGUCCCAAAUGGCUCACUAUUCCCUAUAGUGCAGUACUUUUGAUCAGAACCCUAUGGGCCCUGGUCAAAAGUAGUGCUGUACAUAGGGAAUAGGGUGCCAUUUGGGACGUACCCGUAACAUCUGACUGAACAGCGCCCCCACCAGGUAGUUGAGGGUAGUGCUCUCCUCGCUGCGGCCCAUCUCUCGGAAGAAGUGAUGGUCAGCCGCUAGCAGUAAAGGACAGGUGUUCUUCUUGUGGCCAUGGACCUGUCUCUUCUCUCUGACCAGGGGCUCUGUGGAGGAGAGGAGAGGAAGGGAGAUGAGGGGAGGAGACUUGCAUCAGCACUCUGGAGGACCAAGGUCAGGUAACGUUUAAUUGUUGAGUGAAAGCCAUUGAGACAUUGUCAAGCUGAACUACACUGCACUUUUCUUUUCUACACUGCACUGCCAUAAAUAGAGCCUUGGGCAGAUCCAAGCUGUCAAUGUAACAAAUAUUGCUAUUAGACAUUAACAGCAGCAGCUGAGAUUAAUGAGUGCUUCCCCUCAAGAGUUAUUUGGUUCAAACACCAUAGCCAUGUUCUCUGCAGUUAUGUCGUCAUCAUCAUCGGUCUGCCAUUACAGCUGCCUCAUAUUUAACCUAGCAUGAAUAAUGGAUUAACGCAAUGAGGAGAUGAUGAUUAAUUUAACAGACACUGACAAUGUGGCCUGAGUUUGACUGCCUGGGCUGGUGGAUAGCCUCAUAUGUGAAUAUGUUUAGUUUUAUUGUAAUUCAAUCAUAUUACAAUAGCACAUAUAAGGGUUGCGUUAGUUUGAGUGGUCCCUAGUCUACAUGUGGUUUGGACUUAAGAGUUAUGAGGGACAGGAUUUUACUGUAAUUAUUCAUUUGGGAAAGCACAGAGGACACAGGGGAGGUCUGAGGUCGGUGUUUCCUACUCACCCUCUCCCUUCUCCUCCUCCCCUACUCACCCUCUCCCUCUUCCUCCUCCUUCUCACCCUACUCCUUUCACUCCCUCAUCACACUCCUCCUCCUCCUCACCCCUCCUCCUCUUCCUCCAGUCUAGCUGACCUCAUGCUCUCAGGCAGUAGGUCAUUAGAGUCAGUCUUCACGUAG